GUGUGUGGGCGGGCUUUGCGCUCAGAGCGGAGCGGCUGAUUAGUCGGGAUACCUGGCUGUCAGGCUCAGAGCGUCUACCUGUCACUUCCUGCUGUCUCCUUUUAUUCAUUUUCACUUCUUUAUUCGACACGAGCUCGCUUUUCACGUCACGGCCGUGCGUGGAUGACUCCGGCUCAUGAAUCCCGCACGGUUCGCGGACCCUGCGGUGCACACGCUUCGACCUUGGCUUCAUGUUCGGCUCAAAGGAGGAGUAACCCCCCGGAGCUGCUGCUGAGAUCCCCGCUCGGUUUUAAUCAGCCUCCGCUGGGCACUGUAAUGUGAGCUCUUCAUCAUCUUCAUCAUCAUCAUCUUCUUCAUCAGCUCACCGAAAGGAGGAGGAGGAGGCGGAGAGGAGAGCGGGGAGAGAGAGGGACCGUACGCCCGGGGAAAGGUAGGAAAGCAGCGGGGAGAGGGGCUGCGGGGCUCGGUCACACAGCGGCAGCAGGCCCGGCUCAGUGUGUGAGUGUGCGUGUGCGCGCGAGUGAUUGUGUGUGUUUGUGUCUCUGUGUGUUGUUGUUGUUGGGGGGGGUCAUACAGGCUGUACACUCGCUGUCAUAUCAUCAUCGUGACACGCUCACACACACAGUGAUAUGUUUUACCGUGUGAUGAAGGUGUGAUUGUGUGUGUGAGAGAAUCUCUGCUAUCAAAACAUGUUGUGUUAGCUGCAGGGCUGGAGUCAGCUUUUAUAGGGCCCUGAACACCCCCCCCCCCCCCACACACACACACACACACACACACACACACACACACACACACACAGAGAGAAACACCACCACCACUGUGUUGCAGUCCACACUAACAGAAUGAAACAGUGACAUCUAAAUCAAGUCUGAGUGACAUUACACUAUUCACAUGUUCCUUUCUUAGUCAUAGAUGACCCACUUUUCUUGUAUGAAGCGUAAGCGCUUGGCAAUUAAUCAGAUUGUAUUUGUGAUUGUAAUUUCAACCCCAUACCGUCAUCAAAAUAUGAUAAUUGAGCCACUCCUCUUAGGUCCUGUGGAGUGCACCUUCUCUGUCGCUUAAUAGCAGGAGGAAGGUGUGACCUCUUACCUCAAACAGCCUUCACUUUCACUUCAUCAGCAGCUCAGAUCAAUGAGGAACAAAGUUUAGGAGCAUCAGGAAGUUACUGCUCCGCUAAGAUUAAUGGAGGGCUGCUGAAUCAACGACACAGGGGGUAACAGGUACAAACUAUCAGGUGGAGAGAGGAUAGCAGGGAGAAGAGCAGCAGGAGGAGGAGGAGGCAGGUGUUUGUAUCAGUGUGUAUUUGAAAAACAGGGACAGAAUGAGAAAGAGAUGUUUCAUAAAAGCUUGAAAGACUGAUUGAAUGUCAGGUCAUGUGUAAUCAUUUCUAGUAACCCUUAUAUUAAUGUAAGUAUUAAAUUUGUGUUUUGGGGUUUUGCCAUAAUCAAGCAGCCUUAAGAAAAAAUGUUUAAUGAAAAAAUGUUUACAUUAACGACUAAAGGAUACAACAUAUAGAGUUAUUAACUUCUUGUCACAUUAAAUUUGUACUCUAAGUUAUAAUGAAAAUAAAUAGUUCAAAUUAGGCCAAACUCCUGAAUUUUUCCGCUCAUUUCAUUUGCACCUUGCAAAUUGAAGGGAUCAUUGCUUACAAAGACUAUUAAUCCAUUAGAAAAACAUAAAACAUUCUGUACCCAACGCAUAUCAUCUGUUGAACUAUACUCCUUAGCAUCUACAUCUUUGGACAGAUUUCAGUUUGCUUUCUGUGCAAAUGGGUCUCCCUCAGAGUUUGAAAUAAUGAAAUGAACACAGAUUAAAUUAAUUUUUAAACAAUAUUAUUAAGCAGAACUAAUACAUUGAUCACUUGCUUGACGGUCAGUGUGCCACUCUGCACUAAGAGAGAUGCAGCAGAAUGAAUUUAUGUUUAGACUAUUGUUUGAUAUUGUCAUGUUGAGGCAACUUUACUCCUGUUUCGCUGAGUCAAAGCCUCAUUUACAAUAUUUUUAUCAUUUUUAACCCCAAAAGGUUAGAUAAAAAAGCUGUACACACCCUCUCAAAACAAUUCACCCCAAAUUACUGAGAAGUCAACCUGACUCGAUAACUAUUAUCAGAGGGCCUCUAUGUGUCUUUAAAUGUGGUUGGUGAUUUGCCUCGAAUAUACCAGACAUGUUUGAUUUGCAUUAAAAACACAUUUGUCCUCUGCAAUUAUUACAAACUAUCAGAGAUUUAUAGAUAAUACUCAUCCUGCACCAAACAAAAACUUUAUCUGACUACAGAGAGAGGGGUCAGUUUCCUGCUUCAGAAACAUCAGAAAACACCAGACACAGCAGCGUGACGUCUGCACAGUUAGUACUUAAUGUUUCCUACAGCCCAUCAUCGGGACUUUUGCGUCAUAAGAGCAUCAAUAAAUGAAAACAACUGCUUCGAUAUUUACUGAUUCACACAUAAAGUGCUCCCUAAUGAUAACGCUGCAGGUCAGUGACACGCCUUUAAAAUGCAGAGGAUUUUUCCAACACAACUUUCACUCUUGUCAUUCUCAACAGAACAGAGGUAGACCAUCAGGACAUAUAAUAACCCAUCUGACUAAUGGCAUUUUAAAAUAGUUAGCAUUAGCCAACAUCUGUGGUCAAGAAGCUGACUAAAAGAUAAACUCAUGAUAUCUGCAGACACUGCAGGAAACAGUGGGUCAAUUCUGAAACAGCUUUAAUGUUGUACGCUAUUAUCAGUUAUGCUCUGAAAUGUAUGGCCCAACUCCUCAGACCUCAGUGUGUCUAAAUGAACUCUGUACUGUGAAACACUGAUUCUGUAACCUCCAGGCUAUUUACAGUCAUGGUGCCCCACAUUACAUUUUUAUCUGCCCACCCUUAUUUAAAAGAUUCUCUCAUUGUUUAAUUUGGACAGCAAAUUUGUAAGAAUAUUUAAUAAUAAUAAUAACAAUAACAAUAUAUUAUUAUUGUUGCUGUUGUGGUUUUGAUAAAGCUGUCAGUGAAGUUUCACUGUCUGGCUGAGCUCAUUUAAAAUCAUCUCAUGAUCAUUUAACUGACUUCAAAUGUAAUGACUUUCAUUUUGAGGGACUCGUGCUUUAUUCUCCCAGAUGACUCUAUUUACUGCAGUCCUUUCAGACGCUGCUCUGAGGCAACACUGAGGGUGUUUCCAAAUCUAUUACAUCCACGCAGAGAGGCUUUGACAGACACUGUAGGACAGUUUGGAUGAUGAUGUCUUUAAAGACACAGUAGUCCUCAGUGUUAUUACUGACUCAUGUCCAUUACUUUUUAAUGUUGUGUUUAUAUUUUAAUCUUAAUGUUAUUCCUAAGGAUAAAGCGAAACUAAAACAUAAACUCAGUCUGAUCACCAUGAACGUCUCUGCUUCAAACACACCGAGGUUAAAAAUAAUCUCACGCUGUGGGACUUUUAUUUUCUGUUUCUGCAGACAGGAAGCAUCUGUUACCAUGGAUACGUUAAGCUGCAUCACUGCCAGGGCUGUAAAUACACAACAUCAAGACACACGUACAUAAAACCACCAUAAAAUUAUUAUUUUCUGUGCAGAGAGGACGGGUAAAGAGGAACAGAGCGAUGUGAGAGAGAGGUAAGAGCCUGAACCUGAACACAGCCUGAAAACUUAGAGUCUAAACCUGAACACAGCUCAAGACCACAAUUAGAGUUGGAACCUGAACCUGAAUGCUGCCUGAAACCAUCAUCAUAACAGAGUUAAUAUGAGACUGUAGCCGGUUUUGUUUCUUCAGAUUUGUUCAUCUCUAGCUGGAUUUUGAAUGCGUUCGUUGGUGAUGGGUGAAUAUGUUCCCAUUGUGUAAAGAUGUAGAUGAGUGCAGACUGAUAUGAUGCUGAUUCGUUAAAAAAAACCCCAUCAAUCAGCCUAUCUCUACUCCCCACCUCUGUGUAGAAUAAAUCCUAAAACACAGAAAUGAUAGUUGUUAUAAACGUGAUUUUAUGUACAUAUUAUAACUUAUUUUGACAGCUGUAAAAUCAAGUCUCAUCAAAACAGGAAAAUCAACAGAUGGUGAAAUAUUCAGAUUUCUCCUUAAUAACAUACAUAGACAAGAAAACUACAGAAAUGAGUGAAGUUAUGAGGUGUGUAGGUACAGAUACAUGUCAGAAAAAGUGUCUCCGCUUUCUUAGAGGAAACCUUCGGUUCAAUCAGACCUGGUGUUUUCAGCAUUAAACUCACGUGCCUGAUCAUGUGACUGAUCAGCUGAUCUUUGCUGCAUGGAUCAGAAUAAUUUCAUUCAUAAAUCUCUGAGUCCCUGCAGCAGCAGCACCAGUAGACACAAUAAACACUGAGGAGUCCAAGAGCCAGGAGGAGUGGGGCAGAGAGUUCACAGCUUUACAUUUUUAUUUUCACCCUAAUGCAUACAAACACAAAAGCAGCAGGAGCCGGUCAGUCAGCAUCUUCAGUAUGACUGUGUUUGAGUUUUCCAGUAUAAGUCAUCUAUCUGUAUCCAGACAUUUAUGGAAGGUAUGGAGUGAUCAGUCAUCUUGUCAAAGAUUUCUGUUUGUAAGCAGUAAAAUCUGUUGGUUUUUAACUGAGAAUAAAAUCACAUCUAUAUUUGAUGAAACACUGUUUUCGGAUCAUCUCAGAUACGACAACAGUCUGAACAACAACAUAAUGAAACGAUUUAGAAACGAUCCCAGUCACAGUGAAACCACUACUUCUUCUUUUUUGUCCUCUUCGUCAUCCUUUUUUUUCUUUUUUCUCUUGUGCAUUCCUGCCUUCUUCAACUCCUUUGUUUCAUUCUUAGUAUUCCUCUUUCUUUGUUUCUCUUUUCUUCUUUAUUCAACCAUUGUCUUUGACUCCUUUUACCUUAUCUUCUCAUCCUUGUCUUCUUUCUUCUGCUCUGUCAUCCUCAUUCUUUGCCUGCUGGGUCCUUUCUUCGUCUUCUCUCUUCUCCUCUUUGUAAUUUUCUUCUUUGUUUUUUGUUUGUAGCUGUUGUUAAAGUUUUUGCCUUCAUUAGACAGGACAGGACACAUUGAAUAUUAUUGUGUGUUGUAUAUUUUUCUCGCAGCAUGCAGCCUCUUAUGGGGAAUACCUGUAUUUCACACUCUGACAGCCUGUGUUGUGGUCUCCUCUCACUGUUUGCAUGCACUGUCAGCAGGUUUCAGGUAUGUUUCAGUCUAAAGGGGAAGGAGGAGGGCUCUGAUUUGAGGGUCUCAGGUGCAGUCAGCGGAGUUUACAUUUUUAAAGAGACGUGCUGAGGAUCUGAGGGCCGGCUGGAGGAACUGCAGAUGUUUGUGGAGAGAGUGAGCGUGGUAAAAACAAGCAGGAGAGUCAUGCAGAGAUGUAGCCGAGUCUCUGACCUCCUGGUUAUCUCUCUGUGUGUUAUAAACUGAACCUCAGAGACUUUAAACCUGCAGGAAAAAGUCUGUCUGCUUCACUGAUAGCUAUCACAACAUGACUCAGAUUCACAGAGCUGUUAGGGGUUUGUGUUUGAAGCACAUUAAGAUUUAAUCUUAAGUUUAAAAUGAAUAAAACAGUGUUUUUUUCUUUCACCCUCUCCCUGUGUCACACAAAGCCCUGACAGCAUGUUAUCCAGAGAGAGACACACACAGAGAGAGGAUCUGCUCGGGGGGAAAUAAAAGGAAACACCAUCUGCUGUUCCUCCUCCAUGUGUCAGGAUCAGAUCUCCUCUCUCAGCUCUUUGAGCUGACUCCAGAUCAGAUCAGAUCAGAUCAGAUCAGACUGAUGGUUACACAGAGAUACACAUUAGAAUAUACACAGGACAGAGCUGUAUGAUCGCUAUUGAUGGACAUUUUUGCAGAAGGCACCAGAGAUGCAGCUUUUCUUAUUGUAAUAAUGAACUCUUUGGUGCAGCGUCUAUGGUUAAAUAUGUGAGCUAUAGCUCACAGAGCACACAGUGUUACAGUUCAGCCCUCUGCUCUGUCCGUCUGUAUCUGCUGAAUCUGUUCUCUUUAAAGAUUUCUUUUAGCUCCUGUCAUGAUUUACAUGUUUUCAUUUCAUCAGUAACACUGUUAAGGGUUCACCUCUUACAUGUAGACACAGGAUAGUUUAGUUUGGAUCCUCUGCUGGUUGUUUAAACAAACUGUAUGUAUACACCUAUCAGUCUGUGUUGAAUUAUGUACAUGUUCUCCAAAACCCUUCCACAGUGUGAUUCCUGUAUGGGAGUAUGAAUGAUCUUGACUUGUUCACAGAUAGAUUUUGCACAAUAUUAUUUGUGAGAUUAAUUAAAUAUUGCAAAACAAAGCAAAGUUGCUUAUAAUCACUAUUAAAAGCACAGUUGCUUACAGCUGAUGCAGGGUCAGCCAUGCUGGAUUUCAUGCUUGAAGUUGGUCUGAGUUUCUGAGUUGAAAUUCCAGCUGAAGGAAGCAUUCAGGGUGUCGAAUAUCUCCUCAGUUAAAUCACCUCAUUUGCCUGGUUGUUUGUCUUUGCACAUAGGAGUAAACACACUUUACCUGUGCCACUGACAAAUCUGUGCUCUGAUUGUAACUGAUUGUAAAUCUACAUUUCAGUCUGUCAGUCUGGGACAACUACGAGUAGCUGAGCAUGAUUAACAGCUCUUAAAGCCCCUUAUUUAUCACAUACUGGUGUCUCUGAAUACCCACUGGUCAAUGUAGCAACCCUGCACUGGUGCCUCUACCUUCUGUGUCUAAAAACGCAAACUGCAGCUGUCAUUCAUGAAACAGUCUAAAGCACUUUGUAGGAUUAUUCAGUCACUGCUGAAAAUAUUGCUAAUCAUAUUAAAGACAUUUUAAUUCUUUAUUGUAUUUUCUUUAGCAGGACAGUUGCAGUUUGCAUUCAGAUCAGGUUCAUUUUGUUGUUGCUAACUCACACAGUAACCCCCUUAUGGGCGUAAUUCAAAACAUAUUUAUUUGGAGAACAUAUUUAGCUCUCUGCUGUCCCUGUGUUUGAAGUGGUUUCAUCUGAAGGCAACAAAAAGCCAAGAGCUGGUUGCCAGUUUUUCAAAAAGGUUGCCAUUGACAACCUGGCUGCAGAGAGUGUGCAGCCCUGCAGGAGCUCCAUCAUCUUUGAGCAGGACAGCAGUUUCACUCUUAGCUUUAACAGGCUGUCGUUGCCGAAGAUGUCCCAUAAAAACAGCCCUGAUACUCGUGUUCAUUAUGCAGCCCGGUCACUAAAUUAUUAAGUGUUGUAUUUCUCUGAUAUUUGAUUGAAUCUGUAGGGUUGAGCAGAAGGAAAGUAUCUUUAAUUUGUGGAUGGUGCAGUGAUUUAUAGAGGUGAUAGAUAAUAAGCUGCUCCUAAAGCCUGAUAUACUGAUUAGAUGACCAAUAUUUUUGACUCUCUUUGUAUUUUGAAAUGUAUAAUUUCUGCACACCUGAGGGUAAGUAAGGCUCAGGUUUCAUACGGACUGACAGGCGUCUCUCUCACAACUUCUUAUUUUCCGACCGUAUUCUAAAGCUGCAGCUGUGACAGCGUUUUCCUUUGAGUGUGUGAGUGUGGCAGUCUUUUGGAGAGAAAUACUGAGAUUUUGUGCAACAGACUCUCCUUAGUUGUUCUAAAUGUGAUCGUGUGUGAUCCUCCCCCGGCCCCCUCAGAGCUCUUCAGUCUCUCUGGAGCUCCUUCACGAGGAGGCUGCAGAGCUCAGGGAGUGAGAAGCAGAGAUUUAUUUCAAACUGAACAACCCUGAGUGUUUAUCUGACUGUUCACUCUGUUCAAGUAAUCUACUGCUUUUUGUUUCAAUCAGUUGGUCUGGCCUGAAAAUAGCAUAAAUGUUUGAUAGAGAUAUCUCAGGGCUCAGAGAAAGAUUUCCCCCAGACAGCUUUAUGACAAUGAUCAAACUGAUUUUUGUCUGUUGCUACAAACUGACAGCUCUGCAGAGAUGAGACAGUUUCUGAGGAUGGAAAUGAUACUGAUACUCUCUGACACCAAAACAUGACACAACCUGAUAUGAUGUGAUACUACGCUCUAUAAUACAGAACUGAGUGAUGUGGCCUCAGUUUAAUGAAAUGAAAUUACUGCGCCUCAUUUAUCAGCUGUUUCCUGGAAGAACUGCUUUUAAAACAAGUUUUAGGGUUUUAUUUGACCUUUUGUUGAUAGAGGACAGUGGUCAGAGUUAGAAACAGAGGAGAGAGAAAAUGGGAAGUGACAUGCAGGAAAGGGGCUGAAUCAAACCCAGGCCUCCUGGACUCUGACAUUCACAAAAGUUUUCUUUUGUGGGAUUUGUUCUCAGCACCAAGUAAAAAUUUAAGACCACUGGGGAGUGCUCUGAUGCACAUGUGAGUUCUGAUAUGCAGGUCAGGUACAGUGUUUUCCUCCAUUUAGCAUCUUUGUAUUUCUAAAGGCUUUAAAAUUACAUGAUUCAAAUGUGGACAGCAUUUAUUUCAAUCGUGCAAACUCUGAACAAAGCUGAAGCUUCAUUUUAUUUUAACCAAAUGUACAAUAUAAAAAAUACAUGUCAAAUGUUAAUCAUGAUCAUAUUUGAAACUAUGUAAACUUUGCUCCUGGGUACACUAAGGUAUAGAGAUGUAACUAUAUCAUCAAUAUCACAGAAGCAUCAGACCAACAGUGUGCACAUAUUGUGGACCUGUGACGUCUGAAACAACAGAUCCUUCAGAGUAAAGUGGAUCAGAAAAAAGGAACUACAUAGACUGUCUAACUAUGCUUUCCCAUCAUGCCUCUGAUUUAGAACAGUGUAUAAUAUAGUGGACUACAGCGCUCACAGUGAGGGAGAAGGAGAUGAUUUAAAAACCGUUGGUACUCCAGCAGGUAAAAUCUAUCUCAAUAAAAUCUAUCUCAAUACUCACUCUUGUAAUUUUUAGCUGUUUUUAAGUCCUCUGCCAUUAUUGUUGUCACAACAGUCUGGUUUUAUGGCGCUUCCCAGCCUACUCCUCUCACUGGUUUCUGCAGGUAUUCAGUUAGAGGCACUCCCACCUGGAUUGUAAAAAUCAGUAUUUACGAUCCACCUAGUGAGGCUCUGACUCAUCCAGGGGCUGUAAAAUAGAUGUGAUGACUCCACCGACUUUAGGAUUAUUUGAACUGAUAAUCUGUUACUAGUCCCGAGUUACCUGUGUUUGUAUUCUGAGGUUGAGAUAAAUGUAUAUAAGAUUUUCCUCUUCUAGUUCCUCUUUUGCCCAAAAAGGCAGGUGGGUGGAAAAACAAAGGGGCUAGUGCUGUGGAAAUGGACACUCUCCACAGAGAGUAGAAAAACAAGCUGUUUUGUUCUGUAUCAUUGUGGUUGAACUGGGCCCUAAAUUGUCUGGUGUGAGUUCAGCUUUAUACUCAUGUGUGAAUUAUCCUUGAUUUAGAUUUAGGGUGCUGCAGAACAAACCAGGUCUGAAUGUAACCCAGUUUCAGAGUCUUUAAUAUGCAAACAUGACUGAACUCACCUGAACUCAGCACAUAUUUAAUAAUACAAAACCUCCUGUAGAGACACAGAGCUCACAUGGUGGAAACAACAACAAGACACAGUAAAAAAUUUAGCACAAAAAUCAAAGUUAUAUGAAUAAAAUAGAGUGAGGUAAACUGGAACAAGAAAUAUAGAGAAAAUGAACUCUCCAUCACAUCUCUGUGUUUGUUAAUCUGUGUAUUGUCUUCAUAAUUUUGUGUCUAAUACCUAUUUACGGGUUUGUAACUUAGAUUUAAGAUUAAAUAUUACUUUGAAGCGGGAUUUAAGGAAAGAGGGCAAUCCUUUUUUUAGGGACGUGAAACUGAAAAACUCUCACAGUUAGUUUUAACAGACACACAAUCAAAUGUUUUUAGGAAAUCAGGAGGUUAUUCACAGCUGAGUGAUGAAAUAAAAAAGGAGGAGCCCGAGAAAUCAGAUAACCAGAUCAGAUUAUCAGUUAGUGACUCCACGGACUACAAAGAAUCAUCAUCAGUGUGGAGAUAGUAUGGAGUAUGAGUUAGCUGUGAGACCAUCACUGGAAGCUCUCUCUCCUCUCUCCUCCCCCAGCCUGCAAGAUGGCUCCUUAAAAUUUGAUUACCCUGCUGCCUCACAGAUAAUUUAUCCCUGACCCCUUUCUGCAAACCUCUCAGGGACCCUCUUCUGAAAUGAAGGUGUUUGUUCAGAGAGGAGUUAGAUUAUGAUGAGUGAGCACAGAGGAGGAAGAGGAGGAGGAAGAGGAGUAAUCUGAGAGCGAUGCAACAAGAAAAACACUUAAUGAUCCUCUGUUCAUGUUUGUGAGGCUUUGAGCUGCGUGCACCAUAAAAUUCUACUACAUAACAAAUUACAGCAGACAUUUGAAAGAUUUUAUAAACUUCCCCGGACAGGCUGGAAAGCCCCCAAAAAGAGAACAUGAACAGGUAAAAGAGGACUUUCCAAACUGUCUUUCUCCCUGAUCUGAGCUGUUCAUGAUGAAGUGAAAGUGAGAGCUGUUUGAGGGAGGGGCUGCCCCCGGGCUCUGCUGUUUAGGAAGAGAGAGAGAGGGUGAGAUUCAUUCAAUGUAUAGGACAUCACAGAGGCAACAUAGCAAGAGGCUUAAUAUCGUUCAGUCUUGAUUAUCUGAAUUUUUUAAUUGUGGAGAGCUGUAAUUGUCAUGGGAAUUAAAAUGUAAUUGAUGCCUUAGCUGUAAGUGAAGAUGUAUAACAUAUAAAACAGUCAUGAAAUCAUAUUUACAGCUUUACACCAGAAACAAAUCAGUCUGUUUAUGUUUAUUUCUACAGUUGAGCUUUCUGUCAGGAUUGUUUUCUGUUUCCUUCUACACUGUGGGUGAAUAUUGUUGGCCAAAAAUACACAUAAGAAAUGAAGUCACAAGUAAUUUAUGUUCUGCUUUCUUUAUUUACUUGUUUAUUUGUUUAGCUCAAGAGGUUCCCAUCCCUCCCUGAAAACAAUGUUCAGAAUAUUUUCUCAUUUCUUGCAAAAAAUACCUUUACCUCUUUACAGUCACUUUUGCCACAAGUGUACUUACAAACUUGAUUUUAGCUUUUCCUUUUUCUGUCCCUUUAUUUCCCUCUGCACAAUGCAUCGUGGGAUAUUGAGUUUUAUAUUUAUAGGUUAUUAAAAGUCAUAGAUUUUUUUUUAAAUGUAAAUAAAGCUCAGAGUGAUCAGCUGUGCAGAGUGAGAGUGUUGGAUUGACAGUGAGCCUGCUGUGUUUGAGUUGUGUUUGUGUUUACUGCCCUCUAGUGGUCACAUCUGUAACUGGGUUGAAACAUGGAAGGGUUUUGUUCUUUUUGAGCAUGUUUAUGUUGUAAUGAUAAUAAAAAUAAAAUCUGUCCUGCAGCUCCACAGUCAGACUGCAUGAAAGCAUGUUAUACCAAAGUCAUGAAUGAGUGGAUAAUGAUGUGUUUUCUGUAUUUCAGGCAUGGAUGAGAGGUUAUGUGUGCCACCCCCUUGAAGGCCUCUGUCGCCCCCACCCUCCAGUCCCUCUGUGAGCAUGUAUCGCAGGAACGGACUCUCAGAUGGCACCAGCAUCAACUCCAUCACCUCAGAGGUAACACACACACACUAACUGAAUGUGCACUUGAAACACUUGUUCCUUCCUUGUCUGGCUGCAAGAGAUAAAACGCAUAACCCAGACUUUAAACCGAUCUAAAAACUAACAUUUAAAACAGUCACACACAGAAAACAAGCAGCAGACAAAGAACAAGCUAUCAUGACAGUAAAUCACAUCAAGAAAGAAAAGGUGGUAUCAGACCCCGAUGGCAGAGUUUAUGGUGAACUGGCUCUUUGGACAGCGUCAUUCCUGAAAUCUGGCCAUAAAGACCGAAGAUCAAUCCUAAGCUCAAGAUAGCCAAAGCUUCAUACCUAAGACCUUCAUUUACAAACAGUGUAGCUCAAAAAACACUAAACACUUCAAAGCUGUAACCUUUCUGGUGUGAGUCAACAGCGCUUUAACUUCUUUGGUUUAAUUUUAUCCAAAGUUCUGUGGGGAUUCUUCUAAAGAGCACUCUGCAGGUUUUUGUGAUGUGGUUACCUGCUGAUCAGUCUGAAAAUCCUCUACACAACUACAGGGCACUGAAAGGGACAAAAUAACACACUAUCAAAAAAGGAAUGCAUAAAUUUUAAAUCAAUCAAUUAGUCUUUAUUUAUUCAGCGCCAAUUCAAAACAAGUGUUAUCCCGAGACGCUCAACAAAAAAGACUGUACUGUAUUUACCCGACCCUCUCCCAUCCUAUUUUUAACCACUUUAUUGUAACACUUUGCAGCAUUUAGAGAGUCACAGUGGAGAGGAGAGAUUUCCUUCAACAGGCAGAAACCUCGAGCAGAACCAGACUCAUGUUAGACAGUCAUCUGUUGAUACUGCAUUGGGUUUAAAAAGGGGAUGGAGGGAGAUGCAAAUAGAGAGGUAGACCGAGGUGAAACAUCAAACAUUGGUCAUUCAAAGUUAAUGUAUCAUGCAUUUUUCUUGUUAAAAUAAUUCCAUUAAGAAAAAGAAAAACAGUCACAAACAGGAUUGAUUCUUCGUUUAGCUGAUAGCCAAUCACAAACCUGCUCUGAGACAAGACUUAAAAUGUUCCCACAGAGUGAAAUGAGUUGGAUUGUGGUGUAAUACACAUUUUGUCAGUUUUUAUUUAAUUCUCUUGAUUUAGUUACAUCUGUUACAGGUUUGAUAUCAGACUCUUCAGAUUUAGUGAUUGGCUCUUUAUUGUUUAAAUGAAUUAGAAAUGUCAAAGUUAGAGGAUCAGCGUUUGUUUCCCUCUGCGGUUUCCUUUCACAUCGACUCUACGUAAAGUUUCUAAAAAUGACUCGAGCACGUGUCUCCAUGUAAACACGCUGUUCUUUCCUCCUGCUUUCUUUUGUUUGGAGUCUUUUCCACGCGGUUUGGUUGAUUAAAAUACCGAGCUGAUCCUCUCUAACCCGGGGACGAGGAGGAGAAGUUAACAUUCAGAGCAGAUGAAAUCAGUCUGAAUAAACAGGAAACACAGCUGCUUUUCAUGCCAGAUUAUCAUCAUCAUCAUCAUCAUCAUCAUCGUCGUCGUCCAGGGAGGGUAACAUGCCCACAACAUCACAUCUGUUUUCAUUCAUCACCAUUACAGUAAGCUCACAGUCAGAUUGUGUAAGUGGUUUUUCUUUGGAAGGGCUUCUGCUGUGGUGGACCGUCAUUUAAACAGUUUUCUUACUGAAGGAGCCACGCAGAGUUUCUUUUGAUCAGGGUUUAAUUUUCCUCUGAAACGCGUCAUGUUUUGCCGCCAAACUAACAAACGUGUCCGACAAUUUAUUUCAGCGGCAAACAUAAAAAAAAAACAGUUUUCUCUGAUGGGUUGAGAUCUAGUGUGUUUAUUUCCAUGUUUACUGGCCCAAAGUCAUGGACUUGAGUCUGUUUGUGGCUUGUUAUUCUCACCUGUCAACAUCUGCAGAGUUUGGACUUCAAGUUUGGAGGUUCAUAAAACUAGAGGAAGCGUAAUGCGUUUACCAGAGCCUUUGCGAGGAUGACAUCUUCAAACAGACAAACACAGACAGUCAAAAUCAGAUGAUGAAGCAGGUACAGAUCUGGACAGCGAGACACUUUCAUCAGAUGCUUUUGUCCAAUAAAAGUGUUGCACAACAGAUGCGAAGAGCCAGAUCGAAAAAAACAACAUGAGGAAGAGACACAAUCUGCUUUUAGUCCACUCAGACCAAGUGUGGAAAUACAGAGCUCGAAGGAAAUGACUAAAGUGUUUUCUCUCAUCGCACCUGCAACUACCGAGGUAUCAUCAUCACCAGUGUCAUUGUCAUCAUCCUCAUCAUCAUAAUCAUCUCAGCACCAAACUACUUAGUGAGGACGAGUUGUUCACAGAGAGCUGGAUGGAAAAAUUCAGCAGACUGUAAACGCAGGGUGUGAAGAGGCUGUGCCUUUAUGCAUCCCCCUUUACUGUCCCAGACACAACCUCUGUGCACAAUGAUCAGGGGCUUCUUUUUUUUUUCUUUGCACUGGGCAGGUGUAUCAGUUUUUGCACGUCUGAGUGAGUGUGCGUUGAAGUGAGUGCAGCUUGGUUUCUGUCUCUGGCUGCAAAGAAGGGCAAGUUUUGACCCAUACAGAACUGAGGAAUGAAGAGUGUAAGGAGCAUGAGGGAUCUGAAAUGGACCUGACUCAAUAAAAUAUGCAUAACUGGUUUAAAAAAACAUACCUCUCAGCUGCUUAAAUGUUACAUUCAUGAAUCCGUUAACCUAAUUUUAUCUUGUCUGUUCUUUCAGGCGAGCAGCAGCUCAGACUCUCUGGAUGGACCAUGUGUCGAUUACGCCAAGAGCUACGAUGCCGUCAUCUUCGACGUGCUGAAGGUGACGCCUGAGGAGUUUGCUGUGAGUACGAUUCUAAGAUCUGAGCUCGACAUAGAAACAAAAAAUUUAUAAGGCCGAGCAGAGUAUUAAGGCGAAAAAGAAAAUGAGAGAGAAACUCUCAGGCUCUGACAGACUAAAAGAGAUCUGAGAGGUCAGAGAUCCGUCCUGAGUGAAUAUUUUACUGAUCAGACUUUGCACCUCUAUUUCAUGAGACAGGUGUGCAAGAGAGAAAUCAGUCCAUCACAUGUUGCAAGCAAACCCCCAAAAGUCCAUUAAUGACACAGGUGUGAAUUUUUGACUCUUGGACUGUGUUGACAUGACUCCACCAAACUGGAGGGUUGCUGUGACUGAACUGGGCUGGUUACUGGACAAAGAUCACUUCACAAAACAUCCAGGAUGCUCAUAUCUGUGCAGGGCCUUCCCCCUGACAGUGCACCUCCAUAUGAUCCUAUUUGUGCAAGUGUGUGUAUAACUUCUGCGAGUGUGUGUGAAACAUGUUUGGGCAGAAUGUGAAUUCAAUUCAUCCUGUGAGUUACGGCUGGUCUGUCUGCUCCUACAUGCUAACUGAGAAAUAAUCAUGAUGUUGAAUCUUUUCCUAUUCUUUCAGAGCCAGAUCACUCUGAUGGAUGCUCCGGUGUUUAAAGCCAUACAGCCAGAGGUGAGACACACACACACACACACACACACACACACACACAGACACACAGACACACACACACGCAUAGUAGCAGUCUGCUGAAGACACUAAAAACAUCUGCUUUAUCUCUUAGAUCAAACAGGAUCAUAAUUUACGCAUGCGGUUAAACCUCUUCACAACUAUCUGAUGGGCGCUUUUAAACAAUCUGUCAGUUAUUAUCUUUAAGUUCUGUGUUUGGAGGGAGAGUUGAAGUAAACAGCAUCUUAAAAAUGAGCUUCCUUUCUUCCUUCCAUCCUGAUCAUCCUGAGAGCUGAUCCCAUUUCACAUUAGUUAACCUGAAGGAAACACUUGGACACCAGUUAGUCAGAGUGCUGAUGUUUAGGCUUUGUCUUCAUUUUCUACACAUCCAGAUUGUAUCCAGAUGAAAUUAUGCUGAAUGCAGUUUUUUUUGGAGAUCCCAUCCAAGUCUGAGUGAGAUUUAAAUUUCUCUGAGAUUUCUGCAGACGUGGGUUAAGAUGCACAUGCCACCUAAAUCAUAUUUUGAAGUCUGACUAUGGUGCAUCAGACCUGUUCAUAACUCAGUAAUCUUUUACUGCUGACAAUGGCCGUCCAGCUGAUUUGUAGACCGGCAGCAGGUCGUGAGUAAGUUGUCAGUAUUUGCAGGGAACUCCUCAGAGACCUCACCCCCUCCAUGCAGAAUAAUCUGGUCCUGUUUGUGCUCUCAAUGUUUGUAAAGCCGCCGUGUUGUCCGUCACAGCUGCAGUCACUCUACUGAACUCAGGCCAGCCUUGGCGUAUGAAGCGUCCUCUGAGUCCUCGCCGCUCUUUGAUAGCUAAUGUUCAGCCCCUGCAGGGUUUGCUUUCAUCAGAUUGAGCUCAGAAAGGACAAUCAGAGACUGUAGAGACUAACUCCUGCUGCAGCCUCACAGGCACCAGGUGGAUGACUCACUCGGAGGCUUUAAUACUUCCAAAUGUCAGCAGUUACUCUUCAAACUGCACAGACUUCAGCCUCUGAUUCCUGCAAAUCAGGGAUGUACUGUAGUUGAUUUUGGCCCAUCCAUCAUGGUGAUAUUUUUUUACUUCUCACUGACUUGGGAACAAAAUAUUUCCAUCUAGUUACACAGAGCAUCAAGUCCCCCUUUAUCCUUAUUUUGUGGUCUGUGUCCAGAUUCAGACAUAUAUAAACGAUGCUUUUCAAUAAGAAACCUCUGUCUGUGCCGCUUAUUUUCCAGUGCUUCUCGAACUCUGCUGGUUUCUGUGUUUUUUUGUGAAUUUUUAGGAACUGGCCAGCUGUGGAUGGAACGGGAAAGAGAAACACAGUUUGGCUCCAAAUGUGGUCGCCUUCACACGCAGGUUCAACCAGGUACAUCUGUUACUGUUUCUCAUGCGAAUGUUUCGUCUUUAACCAGAUUUACUUCCCCAGUAAUGAUCAAGGAUAUGAGCUCUUCACAUCUGUGUGACUUUAGUUCCUUUAAACGAGGACAGAGAAACUGUUCACUGUUUUCCAGACUUCCGAAGAGUAUAAAGAUAUUUAUCCAGCUCCUGUAGGCCUCUGUUAUUGUUUUUCUUUCUGAUUAUUAGUAGAUACUGUGAUCAAUACCUGCUCCUAACUGGCUCCUAGGUUGCAGAGUGUGACAGCAGGGGGAAGAAAGUUUAUCGUGACACACUCUGUCAGAUCUACUUAUGUGUGUGUGUGUGUGUGUGUGUGUUUAAAAAGUGUGUUUUAUUGUUGUGUUGUUCCAGGUAAGCUUCUGGCUGGUGAGAGAAAUCUUAACGGCUCAGACGCUGAAAAUCCGAGCAGAGAUCCUCGGCCACUUUGUCAAAAUAGCGAAGGUGAGUUCAAGGUGCUGGAGUGGAAAUAUGUCUUUAUUAGCACUGUGAGGAAUGUCAAUGUGUAUCUAUUUAACAAAAGCUGAUUAUCUGAACAUACUUUGAACAGUUCAGGAUGCGGUUCAUUUAUCAUCCAUGACUUCUUGAUCUGUUAUUAGACACAUCCAUCUGUCAGUGUUUAAAUCCUCUCUGGAUCCCAUUGACUGAGUGACAAAGUGCUAAUGAGGUCCUGAAACAUUGUCAGACUUCUUCCUGCUGAAACAUGUUCUCAGAGGAUCAAAACCGGAUGAUGAUUACCUCUGUUUUUUCAUCAGCACAUCAAAACUCUGUUGAGUGAAGUUUUGGAAACUCUGAGGUGUAAAAGUGCACUUUGCUUGUGCAGCUGUGUGUGGUCAGAGAGGAAACCUGCAGUAGAUGCAGCCAAGUGUGUUUAUUUCUCUUUUACAACAAUGAUCCUUAAAGUUAAGAGCAGUUGUAAUCAGAAAUGAUUAUCAGACUACAGGAAAUUGUGUUCAUUUAGUGUGUGUAAAGAUGUGUGUGUGCAGCGGUGGAUCUCUGUGUAUGCACUGCCUUUAUUUAAAGAGUGUGGUCAUACAGUGUUAGCGCAGGAGUGUAUCUUCCUGUGCAUUGUGCAUGUGUGUACUGCAGUGUGUGGAGCAUUACUUUGUGGAGCAGCAGCAGCAGUAGAUCCAGCUGCUGUUUGACAGUUAAAGUGUUUCUGUGUUUGUUUGAUUGUGUCUCCGCCAACCGCUUGUAAAACUAACUGAACACAGGAGCUAAUAAAGUGCAGCAUGAAGGAGCUCUGAGCUGCUGUAUUCUACUGUGUUACGCAGCAGGGAAAGAAAGAACACUGAUGAUGAUGAUGAUGGUGGUGGUGGUGGUGGUGGUGGUUCUCCUCCUGCGGUGGAUCAGACUGUGGGAAGGAGAGGAAACCUGGAGACCUGACUUAACGUGCCUCAAAAACUUAGAUCUAUAGAAUUCCUCUUGAAAGUCCUGGAACAUGUUUAACACAGACUGCAGCUGUAAGAGAGCCAGAAUCUGUCAGCACAUAGAGGGUCUCUGCUAUAAUGGACUCAGAUUUAUGAGCGGUUUAAAGUCAACACUCACAGAAGGUCUGGACUCACACAGAGAGGCAGGAAAUCAGAGGAUGAUCCUAAAGGAUCUGAUGAGGGGAUGAUGACAAGUAUAUGCAGUAAAGGAGUGAAAAUGUGAGCGUACUCUGGUCCAAAAACAUUUAACGUUAAAUACUGAGGUCGGGUAGAAGGUUUAAUCUCCGUGCAAUGCAUUUUUUUGUGCCUCUUUUACUUGAAUGAUAUCAUCAGAGGUUUUCUGUCCUAUCUUAGCGUCUGUCAGUUUAAUGUCAAGAACACCUGGAGUGAACAUUUUCUCAGACAGGACUGCUGCAGAGAGAGACAGGAAAUGUGGGGAGUCUAGCAGAGGGAGAUGUAGUAAAGGGUCGUGGUUGGGAGUAGGGCUGUAAUCAAUCCAAAAGAGUCUUGGUCGACCAAAACCCUGAAAUUUUCAACCAAAAAUCGAAUGGGGUGAGGUGCUCUGGAAAUACCCCCAUUAGCACUCGGUACGUUCGAGUCCUAGUUGAAAGUCUAACCAGCGACUUCUGUAACGAAGACUUUAGCCUCUGUACAUGGGGCGCUCUCCGGCACCCUGAGGGAUCCAUUCACAUAAAAAAGUCCCAUAUCUGUUUCCUUUGUCGAAAAGGAAUGUCUUACGUCUUAAAAGACAUCCAAUCAAAAAAUGUGUCAGGACUUGAAGAGGUCGUGAAUCUUGGGUGCUGAUGUCCUCUGAGCUACAGACGCUCAAGCAGGUUCUUUCUACUUUUUGAUGCUGUGUCUUUGAUUUCUUUAAAGUCAGAGGUGAUAAAAAGGAUGUUAUUUGUCAACUGAUUGUGUUUCAUGUGUUUGUUUGUUUGCAGAAACUGUUGGAGUUGAAUAACCUGCACUCCCUGGUGUCGGUGGUUUCUGCUCUGCAGAGCGCUCCCAUCUUCAGACUGAGUAAAACCUGGGCGGUAAGACUUCAGACUCUCUCCUGGGUGAAUGGGAAUAAUGAAAGUGCUGAGACCACCUGAUUUAAAGAAUCUGAACCUCAAAGCCUGAUCAGUAUUAGACCUUUAAUCACAGACACCCUGCCAGCAUGGCCUUAUGUGUGAAAUUAUUUUAAAUCAGUGUUUGUGUUUGAAAGUUUCCAGGCACUAAAGCAGGUUGUAUACAUCGUUAUGUAAGAGUGGUUAUUGAGAGAUUUGCUGUAACAAAUCCAGAUCUCAGUGGGCGGUUCAGGUGACCAUCAGUCAGAGAAAAUGGAAAGAGCAGGUGGUGUAAGUGAUGAGGUGAAGCGACACGAACAUUAACGGUUGUUUCCAUGUCACAGACUCUUUGUUAGAGAGCUGUGGGAUCUUUACAAACUGUUCAAGCACAAACUAUAAGCUCCUGUUUUUUCGUUUUCAACAUGAACCCUGGUUUUACAGUCCUGGAUGGACAUGGACCCAUCAGAGCCAGGACACAUGGAGAACCGCUCAGUGUGUUUAUCAGCAAGGAUUCUGCUGAUUUAAAUUGAUUAAGCAGAACAGAUGGAAAUUUACUGUAUCACUAAAGAGCUGGAAAGUAUUUAAAGACACGCUGAUUAUAUUUCAGAAUCAUUUUCAGUUUCCAACCAAAACAAACUACGUGGAGCCUGCUGACUUUUACACCUCAUUUUUCACUAAAGGUCCUGAUCCACAAUGAUUAAAAUGAUUAUCUGAAGCUGAUGAUCAGAGUCCCACAGGAGCUGCAACCGGGAAUGAUUUUCCUUUUAGUAAAAGAGCAGUAUUUCCUGCUUCAUUAAAUGAUUAUUUGGUCCUAACAGAGUAUCAGGAGACUGUGAUUAAUAACUAUCACUGUUUAUCCGUGUGAAGAUGACAUCCCUACAUUGAGUGUUUGUUUUAUUAACCUUUCAAAACUCCAAAUAUUCUUUUAACCAUAAUAUGAAACAAAGAGAAAUCAUUAAAUUACAGAUUAAAGAUCACUGGAUGUGAAUUUGGAAAAGGACUUCAACAGUUGAUACGUUUGACUGAAACUUACAGAUUAACAAGCUGUCAAUUUAAAUUGUUACCUGUUUUUUUUUAUUGCAAACCCGGCUGUGCUGAAUAUUAAACUCUGGUUUGAACCCUUGACAACAGCUCUGAACUCAGUGCAGCAGAGCCAAACACCAAACCUAUUAGGAGAGAGUGGUUCUGACAGAUUUCACCUCUGCUUGUUGAUACUGUUCGGGUUAGUAUGCUAGCUUCGUGGGCUGAAAAGCAUGUUUGACUGGAUCCUGUCCUUGAAUCCAGAUAAUGGCAUGUGAGUUUCAAUAUUAAAACGAACAGCGUGUGAUUUUUGCUUUGAUUGUUUAAAAUGUGUGUCGACGGCAGAGCUUUGAGGAGCUUGAUGAGCUUUUUUCUGUAGUUUUUUUUACUGAACGUGUUGAGACUUUCAGCAUAUUUUAAGCAUGUCACUAAUUUCUAAAACAUAUUAUAGUAAAUAUAGAAAACAAAAUUGUGACUCAGCAGCUUCAAUACCUUAACUUCACAUUACUUAUAUAUAAAGUAAACUUACCAUUAAAGUACGUGUUUUCACUUACCCCUUAAAAUCAUAACACAAGUCAUGUAACUUGGAGGUUUGUUAUAAAAAUCCAAAUUAAGUGAUGAUUUUUUUGGAGAUACUGGGAUUUAUUGGUCAGUUCUGUAUGUGUAAGUCUUUUUGAUGUCCCUCCAAAAUACAGAUGUAAUAGAACAGAAAUGUGUAAUUGAUCUCUAUUUAAGUACAUGUCACCAAAUCUAUAUGAAAAUAGGAUGAGCAGGAUUUCUGGCUUUGAGUUGUUUUGAUACGUUCCUGGUACCAACUUGGCCUCUGAUGUACAAAAACAAACCAUUGUGGACCAAUCCAAUCUAAGGAAGCAGUCUUUGUUAAAAGCAUGCACCAAACAUAAGCCUGGUUAUUUCAUUCAAAUGCAGGGAUUUUGAGAAAGGAUACUCUCAUAUGUUGAUGUCAGAAAUAUAACCCAACAUUUUACCAUCACCCUUCUUUCUGUGUAGUCUCCUUUCUUGAGCUGUGGGUUUUUUUCAGCUUUGGUUGUUGACUGACACUGGAAGCAGCUGUGUCGGGCCAAACCAUGAAACAGUUUUUAUUUCUCUCUGUUUCUGGGAGCAGGUCUGAUUGGAACACCUGCACCUUCUCUGUUUUUGUAGUUUGCACAGUUUAUGGAAACCAACACCAUUUAAAUAUCUUCCUGACCACUUUCUCUGCUGCUGAUCAGGAGGACUGGCUUCUUUUUUGGCGAGAAAGUAAACCAGCCUCUUCCAAACAUGUCUGACUCACUUGGGGUGAUAAAGUGCAAAGCUCCUCUUCCUCAGAGAGCGUUAACAGAGGCUGAUGAGCUUGAAACUGUAGAGAGGGAAAACUAACUCUAAGACAUGUUGAUUGAUGAAUUAUUGUUUACUAUACUCCAUCAUUAAUAAUGUUUUCUGGAUCAUAGACACACCUUGAUUAUGCUCAGGUGACAUUUGCUUAUGUAAUAUCUCUGUUUCCACUCAAGGGAAAUCACACGUGUCAUGUCUUCUUCUCUGUUUUUGCAGCUGAUCAGUCGGAAGGACAAAGCCACGUUUGAGAAGUUAAACUAUCUAACAUCCAAAGAAGAGAACUACACUCGCAUGAGAGAGUACAUCCGCUCCCUGAAGAUGGUGCCCUGUAUCCCCUACCUCGGUGAGUCCACCAUAUGUUUUUCAUGAAGGAUUUAAGGCAGUACCACACAGCACUAGUAAUCAUACCACGGCACACACUGAUGAUAUAUGAUGACAACUUAGUUUGGGAAGUGAAAUGUUGUCCCAUUCUUGCUCAACAGUACAGGUCUCCUUUACCCUUUUUGUAUCAUAAUGCUCCAAAUGUUUUCAAUGGAUGACAGUCAGGACUGUAGGCAGGCCAGUUUGGCAGCAGGACUCUUCUACUACAGAGCCAUGCUGUUGUAAUCCCUGCAGAAUGUGGUUUGUCAUUGUUUUGCUGAAAUAUGAAGGUCUUCCUUGAAAAAGUCUUUGUCUCGAUGGCAGCAUAUGUUGUGGAGGACACAGUGUCCAUUAUCUCCAAAAAGAAUUAUAGACUUUUGAUACAUCAGACCAUAGCACAGUUUUCUCUUCCCAUCAGUCUCUGCUUCUGGAUCACGUUUCUAUCUGGUCUCCUCAUUGCAUUGUUCAGUUUGUAUCUCAUUUGCGGACAAGGGUUUUUGGAAGUGAUCUGGAGCCCAUCUAGUGAUUUCUAUCACAGAGUCCCGUCUGUUUUUAAUGCAGUGCUGCCUGAGGUCCUGAAGAUCAGGACCAUCCGGUCUUGGUUUUGGUUCUUGUUUCUUUUGUACAGAGAUUUCUCCAGAUUCUCUGAAACUUUUAAUGAUGUUAUGUUCAGUAGAUGAUGAAAUCCACUCAUUCCUUCACAUUUUUCUAAAACUGUUGGCUCACACGGUCUCUCACAGAGUGAAGAACCUCUUCCCAUCUUUCUCUCCUAGAGACUCAGCCUCUCUGAAUGUCCUUUUUAUACCCAGUCUUGGUACUAACCUGUUGGAAAUUUAAUUCAUUAGUGGAGAUGUUCCUCCAGCUGUUUUGUCCCCGAACAUUACACAACUUUUUACCUGUUUGGUUGUUCCUUUUGAGAAACAUGUUGCUGCAUGAAAUCUAAAAUGAGCAAAUAUAAAACAAAACCAUGUAUCAGCUGUGACAUUUUCUUUGCUUAGUUUUGAUUAAUUAUAGGUUUUAAAUGAUUGAUAAUAAUGAUGUUAAUAUUUUAUAGCCUUCUAACUCUUAUGGGAUCAGGAUUCUUCUUGAAAUAUAUUCUAACUUUGGGGGAAUUUGUCUUGGCCUAAAAUGAAACAUAGAUAGAUAUAUCAGCCUCUGCAUGAUUAUCAGAAUAAAAAAAUAAAACCUGCUGUCUAAACAUGACACACUUAACUGCAUUAUUCAUAGUCUACAAGUGAUCAUUUGGGACAUCAUAAAUAUAAAUUCCUGGCUCUUCAGGGUCUGGAUUGUCACAGUGAUAAACUUGGAUAUUAACAUUGAGUGUUUUUUUAUGAGUCAUGGCACAGACAAGUUCUUUUACCAGCUGUCCCCAUAAUAUCCAUGUUAUUUUUUCAGCUUAUUUAAUGACAUCAUAGAGCACAUAAAUAAUAUAAUAAAACAUAAUUCUCUGAAAACGGAAUCACUCGUGGUUUGGCUUUAAAUGCGUAGCUGUCAUACUUGGCCUAUGAUUGACAUAUUGUGGUGAAUUAUGCGGUCAGUGAAAUAGUGAGUUUGCUUUUUAUUCUUGUGUUAAACAGCCAGGAGUUACACAACUACACAAGUUUCUCUUUCUACUGUAGAUGUGGAGGUUGUCUUGAUUCUUUUUAAAAACCAAAGUCAGAGGUGUUGUGGCAAACAAGAAGUCAGUUAAGUGUGACAUCUCGAGGGGCAGUUUUGAAUUUGAAACUAAUUCUAUUAAAGCUGCUGGAAAUAUGAGGAGAAAGCUGUGGUGGUUCAAGUUGACACACUCAGUAGCUUAGUUUGAAAGAUGUUGAUGGAAACCCAGCAGUUGAUGUCAUUCACUCAGUGUAACUGCUUGAUGACAGGGCUGAGAUCACUUCUUUAUAAUAAUAAUGACAGAUUGACCUUAUAAUGUGCCUUUCAGAGAACCGGAGGUCGCUUACUACUCAAGAGGAGCAUGUGCAACUUCGGUAUCAUCAUCAGUAAAUGAAUGGUGACAUAUUUAUUCCUGGUCACACUGAGAAGGAGCAUCCGUCAAUAAAUGAGGAGUGGGCCCAGGAUUGACCCCUGUGGAACCCCAGAAGUUACUCUGUGGUUCUGCAGUUUUGAAGUAAUCUUUGGAAACAUGAAAGUCUUUCUUUUAAGCAUGAUGAAACCAUUCAUGUUAGAAUAUUUCAGUCUGUUUGAGAACCAGAUAGACCUCUCACAGGAGUAUUAUGACAGACCGGAGUUAAAUAAGGUAUGAUUGAUGAGUGGAAACACAAGCAGGGCUGUACAUGGUUUAUUGCAAUAUUUGUAACAUAAAGACUAUAAAAAAUAAUCUUACUAAAACAGCAUUUAUAUACACACAGAGCACCUGGUAGACACUUUUUCUGUGCAAUGACACAAAGAUUGGAACAUUUCAAUAAAACCAGGAAACAUUCAGUGAGAGGAGAAAGUAACUGAGCUGGGCCCUGCUCACGUGUGCUGUUUGAUGAUUUCCAACGAGAAACCACCAAUUAUAUCUCCAUUAUAUCUCUUUUAUUCUCCUUUCCUUUUUCCAGUAGACCUGAAAACCAGCUAUUAGUCAAGAAGUAAUUGUUUUUUAAUUUGCACAAAAUACAAAAUUACAGACAAGUUCUUUUGAUGCAUGUAGGGUUGCGUAAUGAGUCUAAAACAUCAGAAGUAAACCUGUAGAAAAUACAAUAAUUACAAAUGGAUCAUAUCACAUCACUGCCUGAGUCUUUGUAUUUAAAACCGUGUGAUGAAUCUACAGUGAAGUGUCAAAGAGAGAGAACCCGAGCUCCAACUGAGGAUGAAAUAAUGACUCCCUGUUUUUUUUAGGUUAUGAAUGAUCCUUUUAGUCCCCCUGUUAGUCAGUUAUUUAGUCCUGGAGGAUCUCAGUGUUACUGGAAGGCGUUCCCAUUGGGACGGAUCAUCAUGGUCACUUUCUUCAGAGAGUAAGACCCUCCUCUGUAUUCAGCCCAGUAGACCCCGUCCUGGUACCGGCUCUUAUAAUGUCCUCCUCGGUACCACACGCCAUUCAGAUUGGAGUGAGCACAGGCGUUAUACCACCAUCCUCCUUUCUGGUAGUGAGCACAGUUACCUGCAGACACAGGAAAACCAAUCAGAACAUGCUCUCUGCACCUUUCAAGUUUCAGAAACAUAAGUCAGGGUUAGCUUUGAUUAGCUGGUGUUUUUGUUUGUUCAAAAGGCACAGAGCUUCAAAACUCGCUGGUACAAGUCAUCUUUUCAAACAUAAACAUGACAGCUGCUGUUGCUCCAGUGUUUAUUGACAGACGGGCAGACAGUAGAGACUACACCAGUAUAAAUGUCUGACAUUAAUUAUUGUGGAUGAAAUAUUGUCCUCUGACUCUUAUGUUACAAAACCCAUCAAAGAAUGUAGUUUUAUUGAAAGUUGUGCAACUUCAAUGUUGACAAAGUGUUUAUGAAAAUGUUUUAUACUUCUUUUAUUGAAUCUGUCCUUUGUUUGUUUUAAAGUAUAACUGUAUACUGUCAACAUGUGCUUCAAAUUUGCAGGCACCACUUUUAAUGAUUUAAGUGACACAUCAACAAAAAGGCACAGUUGAUCUUAAACGACCCAAAGCACCCACAGCUCGAUUUGUUGCCUCUGCCUGGCCACAGAUAUUUCCUCCCCCCAUGCAAGAUGAACCGACUUUCAAACAGCUCUUUGUCAUGCUCCAAUAUGUAUUGCUUUUGUCUUCAAAUUAGUGUGUUGUGAUUCUUUUAUUGUCUAUCUGAUGGUUGCGCUACACUGCUGAUUUUGAGACAAAGAUAUCCACAGUUUCAAACUCCACAGUGACCUUCUCUGACACUGUGAUGAACUCACCUGCGUAGACGUCAUGGUCUCUGUCCAGUGUGGUGAACUGCUUGCCGUUGUGCCAGGUCAGAGAGUCUCCAGCGUUGCCGUGGUAUCGUCCGACUCGCAGCCUGUAGAAGUCAGACUCGGGCUCUACCCUGAAGCUGUUGUACUCUGCGAAGGUCUUCCGUCCGCUCCAGUCCUCCAGUGUCACCAGCAGCUUGUAUGUCCCCUGAGUGGUCAGCCAGUAGAUGUUCUCCAGUCCUAACCAGUACUCUCCAUCGAUGUUUCCAAAGCCUUGCUACAAAAAGAAAGACAUCAAACCAGUCACGAAAAUUUCCCCGCUGCUGUUUCUGCAGCUAAUGAAUUUGGACGUGCCCAAAUGCUCGCUCUAUUUUAAAUGCCUGAAGAGACGCAGUUUCCCCCUCAUCUUGGAUUCAGUUGUGGACUCUUGUAACAAACCGGCGGUGUUUCUGAGCGUCUCUGUGGAAGGCUGGUAUGAUGUCAGAGCUAGAGGUUAAGAGUCAUGGCACGGCGUUGGAACCAGCAGAGCUCCCUGAGUGUCUGAAUCCAGCUUCAGUUACAUCACACAUGGAUUUCAUCAGCGGGGACUAUUUGCUCUGCCAGAUGAGAGCGUGUAAUUGGCUCUAAGUGCUGCGUUAGGUCAUGGAGGGGGGGUUGGCGGAGGACCGGGUUGGAAGAACUGUGUUGGUUUUGGUUUUGUUUAAAGUUCUGAGAGUUUCUGCAGAUUGGGCUGUCCUCACUUCAGACCACAGGAUGUAAAUCUUUGGCUGCAGACCUGCGACCACUUUGCUGAUGGAGCCUGAGCAGAGGAUAAAGAAUGAAGUCUUUGGCCAAUGUUGCACCCUGAGCUUGUGUGUUUACGUAACGUCGGGUUCCACGGGUUCUAACUGGGAAACUCAACCCGGUUUGAAGCUCUUGGACCUCUGCAGCUCUGAGAACAUGUUUAUUUUAUUUGAAUUGAUCUCAGCUCUCGUGAUAUGAUCUCAUGGAUUACAUUUAGUUAAAGUUUUUCUCAAAAUUACUCACAUAUUACACAAUGAGGUGGAUCAGUCAAACGCUCUUGUUUGUGGAAAGACAGAGUUCAGCUGUGAGAGCUUAAUUACUCUUUAAUUGUUCCAUCACUGAGAGACCUUUAUUUGCCCCGAGCAUUUAAUUUUCCUCAUGAAAACCUUUUAAUUCCUAAUGACAGUCAUUAGCAGACAUUUCACUUCGUGCAAUAGUUUUAUAAUAGGAUUAACUUCAUGAAUGUAUUCAUGAAUGACUGCUUUUCAACAUGCCAGGGCUGAAAAAAUCAUUCUAUUACUUUCUCCACAGAGCUGAAGUGCUGAGUGGAUUUCAAGUGCCCCUCCAAUAUUGGUGUGAUUUGAUAACACCAUAGACUGUAUAUAGAAUGGACAGUGUUGGCCUCCUUGCUGGGUGAAGCCACCGCGAGAACAGCACCCUCUGGUGACAGGCUGCAGUAUGGGUCAAAUAUACCGCCUCCUCCAGCCAUCCUUAUGGAGCUGUGGACAAACUUUAGAAAUUUAUCAUAUAGAAUAUAAUUUUUUCUCUCUAAUUUCUCCCCUGGUUGCGAUGUUGACAUGUAGUUAAUGUAAGACUGGUUUGUCCUCUUUUUUCUGUACAGCUCCAUUUUGAAAAGAGUUCUACUUAUUGCUACUGCACAACUGGUGGAGUGCGUACAACGUUACUGCACAAUGUUGGUUUCAAGAAGUGGAGAAAAAAUGCAGAAUUACCAAGAUCUUUUCGGCUUCAAAUUCGUGUACUGGUGGACUGCAGAACCAAGCUAUCCAUGGUAUAUACAGUCUAUGGAUAACACACUAAGAACUGUGAGCUCACACAGUCUCUCACAGAGUUUCUUACUGUUGUAAUUGAAAUAGUCAGAGCAACUAAGAUACUCACAGAUAUCUGCAUUUUAAGGCAGUAUUGGAGGCUAAAUGGACUGCAAACCUGUUAACAUGGUAUAAGCUGAACAAAGUCAGGAUUGCAAAAUUUGGACCAAAUUGACGGACACCGACUUUAAAAGUGUUCAAAAACUGUUGGAUGAUCUGACUCUGUGGGGUAGACAUGGAGGCAGGGAGACCUGAGCCUCUUCUGCUUCAGCUCUGAUUAUCUUCUAACCCUCUCUUGUUCAGCUUGAUUUAAGUACCAGACUGCUGGAGUAUCUCUUUAUUACAGUUCCCUUCCUGCACCUCAGUUCUGCAGAAAACUGUCUCAAAUUAAUCGUCAAACUCAGGAAUCAUUGAGAGGAUGAUUGAGAGGAUGUUGUUGUGGCUCAUGUCUUCCUCUUCUCUUUCAUCCCUGCAGCUCCCUCUGCUUGUUCACAUGUUGUUCAUAUUAGAAGUGGUUUCAGCUCUUCUAGCAGCUCAGUGGAAAGCAAUUUAGUUUGGUCAACCACCUCUUUGGUCUGGAUUGAAACAUCUCGAUGACUAUCAGAUGGAUCUACAUGAGAUCCUCUGUGCUCAUCGAAGGUUCUCAGAGGAAAAAUCUUACUAACGCUGCUGUUUCUUUCAAUGCUGCAGCCACAGACUUAAACGUUUUGGCUUUAGAUGAAUUAUCUUUCUGACAGUUUCAUAGAUUGAAUUCAAGAAUAAUACCAAAAUUUUCCUGAGAGAGAACUCCUUUGACUUUGGUAAUGUCUGCCUCUUCAUUAGGGAUGGGUAUUUCAGGAAGAAUACUCCCCUCCCCACUCCGCCUGUCUCUCUUGCACACCCAACCCGAUGGGACUGUCAGUGUAGAGCCAUGAUUGCAGCUCUGAGCCGCCUCACUGUUACCUUAUACGUAUCCCAGUUCCUGAAGAAGUUGACCGAGCCGUCCUGUCGUCUCUGGAUGACGGUCCAGCCUCCAGGGUCGUGUCUCUGGUCACACCACACCUGCAUGAGCUUGUUGCUGUUGUCAGGUUUGAGGAGGAACAUGCCGCUGGUGGAGUAUCUGUUUUCCAGCGCCUCCAGACAGUCUCUGAACGGACCUGCAGGAAGACAGACGGCUGUGUGAAUGAGCUGUGUGCGACUGUGUCCGAACUGUGGUCAGCCGUCUUUGAGUUGAGCUAACUCUUACCAGAGGCUGCUACAGCUUCAGACAGAGCAUUCAAACAUUUAGACAGGGUGAAGUCACUGCUGACUUUGUGCUUCAAACCAGUAUGACCAAUGCUUUCCAGUCUGUUUGAUGGAGUUUAUGUAACCAAGAGCAUAACUGAGCUGUUAACUAUUAACUACACAUGGAAGCACAGAAACAGUGUGUUCAAAAGACUGUGGUGUGUUCAUCUGGUCGGGUCUGGUCUGAUGUGUCUGCACGGGUUAAAGGAAAGUGUUCAGCUGCAUUACUGUGAUACUACACCACUGUUUAAGAAAGUAUGUGUGCGUGUGUGUGUGUGUGUGUGUGUCUGAAGGGUAAUCAGAAGAGGGGAACAGAGUGUCUGCUAAUCCAGAGACCACCUGCACUGACGUCUUCUAUUUCACUAAGAUACUUUAUUAACACCUGAUAAAAGUGAGACAAACUUUUUUUAACUGAUCAAAGUGUUUCCCGUUACUUUAGAUACAACUGAACCUUCUAUCAGGAUUAAAAUACUGUUGAAUUAAUCCUUUAAUUGACCGGUUACACUUACAGUACAGCUGUGUUACAUGAUCAUGUGAUAUCUAGCCAAUUAGAUAGUGCUGUGGGCGGGACAUCAGGUGAGACAGAGCGCACAGACCCAGAGGGAAAAUGACUCCUCAUUUCAUCCUCAUCUCAUUAUCCAUGCUGUGUUAAAUUCAGGCUCACCUCUGGUAUAUGACUGCCAUUUUUGAGGAUGUUUAACUCUUUGAACUCCAUAUUCCAAAAAAUGUAAAACCUUUUAUCAUCACAGAAAGCUUUGUUUAAUGCAAAAGUUGAUUUGUCUGCUUCUUUUGUAUUUCAUGUAUCUCAUAAAGGCCCCAUUAUUCUUAGAUACUUCGCUCUGAUGCAGGUUCAUGCACUCUGUUUUAGUAUUCCUGUUGAAUAUGAGUACCGUUGGUUGUUGCAAUGUCUCAGACGAGUUUUGAAAGAGAUGAAGAGCACCCCUGAGGAGUCGUAAAAGCAGCUCAGUUAUAAAUAAUCAGAUUUUGAGUCUGACUGGUCUGACAGAUCAACACACAUGCAGUAAAUCUUCAACCUCCCUCUUACCAUGAUCUCAGAGCUUUAAAGAAAUGGGUAAAAAGAGUUUGACGUUCGCUGCUUCUGCAACUUGGAAUUUACUACAGGAAAAUGAGGAUCUGAGGGAGCUGGUCUUCCUGAAUGUUUUAAAAGCAGUUUGAAGGUUUUCGAGGAAGAUGCAUCAGGCUGCAGAUGCUUUGUUGAUUUCUCUUAUAUGACCCAGACAUACAUACAUAUGACUAUGUUACCACUUUUUAAACGUCGUGUUUGUAUGUCUGUAACUUUGUUGGAACGUGCUGCUGCUGUCCUGGCCAGGACACUCCUGUAAAAGAGAUUCUUAAUCUUGAUGAUGCUUUCCUGGUUGGUUGAAUAAAUAAAUGAACUAGAGGUAAACCUGCUGGUGUCAGUGAGUCCUGCACUCACCUGAGGGCUCAUUUGUAGAGCUGUAGACUGUGCUGGGCAUUGUGGGUAAUGCUGGUGGCAAUGCUUUGGCAUUCUGGUCGUUCUGGAUCUCGUUGGUCAUGGGGUUGUUGGUGUGUCGGGGGUACGUGGGGGGAUGGAAGGGUCUGUACCCUCCAGGAGACAGGGGUGGCAUCUGCAGAGGAGGCUGAGGACGGACAGGACGGCUCCGCUCCUGCACGCCGCUACUGUACGUUUGCUGUCCCCCAGCGAAUGUGUCUCCUCUUCCAUAUGAUUGUCCUCCCUCGUAUGGUUGUCCUCCCCCAUACGUCUGUCCUCCCCCAUACGCCUGUCCUCCCCUGUAUGUCUGUCCUCCCCCCCUCUUGCAGCUCUCCUCCAGCUGCUGCAGCAGGGCGCUCUGGUUGCUGGCGAGUACAGACAAGUGCUGGUACUUGAGCUCAAGGUCUCUGUACCGUGUGGUGAGUCGGCUCAUCUCGUUGGUCUGAUUGAGGACUCGGGUCUCGAGCUGCGACGCCUCGAGCGCAUUGUCCCGUUUGCGGAUGAUCUCGUGCAGCAGCUGCAUGUAGAGCUGCGUCACUCUGGAGUUCAUGUUGCGGCUCUCUUUUCGCAGCAGCUUCACCUCGUUCACCAGACCUCCGUCCACCUCCACCAGCUGCUGCAGUGUCUCAAUCUGCAGCCGCUGUUUCUUCAGCUCGCUGUUCAGCAGCUCCAGCUCCUGCUUGUUGACCCGGUUCUCCAGCAGAGACUCGGGUUCUUUGGAGUUCACGCAGAUGGCCCCCGUGUUUUUCUGCUGAGGGACGAUGAAGGUGUAUGAACAUUUUUCUGACAGGGAUGCGCUGUGGUCGACCACGGCGCGUUUCUGUCGGUUUUGUGCGUACAAAAAGUCUCUCUCCAGGCUGUCAUCGCUGGACCCGAUUUCUUGAGCGACCUCCUGGAGGGAUAACUUGGGUCCAGACAGAACCAGGACCAGCAGCAAAACUAGUACAGAGAGGAUCAUGGCGCAGUCCUGCUGCACCUGAAAGACAAGGAUGUCUGGAACAGAGAAGACAGAACAUCAGUGAUGGAGAAACCACAGAGGGUGUUCAGAGAUGUGUGACAGUUUCUGAAACCUUCUCUUAGUGGUCUUACAUUCACUCCUGUUUGAUGCUGAGAUUGGUGAAUCUGUGAAGCAGUUUAUAUACCUCACAUACCUAUGCACUCCUGAGAGAGCCACAGUAUAACAUUUCCAAAAUCAUAGAGGAUGCAUAAACACAGACCUACACUGUGAUGACUGCUCUUACAUUCCUAUCAACACCAUUCAACCUAAUCUAUCAAUCCUUGGGCCUCACCCUCCUAUUUCCCUGAAUAUUUCCUGCUGUGUCCUCACACCAGCUCCACCCUGACAUCUUGCAGAAAUUGUCUGAGGGGCUGGCAGAAAAGAGUCCUCUUGAGUCAGGGUGAAACUUUUCACUGUUUGCAUCAACAUGUGCAGCCCGCACGAACAUUUCUGUGAAGUUUUUGGUGUUUUGCAACCGUACAGCACACGAUUUGGACCUCCUCAUUAGCCUGCCUCCUGUUUCAUGUAGACUUGGUUUCUUUAACAGUCAGUUCCAUGCAGUGAGUCCUGAUGCUUAUACUGCAUGACAGUGUGGUGUUGAUUUACUCAAAGACUGUUCAGUGAUUUAUGAAACCUACUGUACAUGAAAGAAAAAGUUUAUGUAUUCUUAUUUUAGUGGGAGCAGGUGGCUGCUUUGGAUUCUCUACCUCUCAUUUUACAGCUUCAGUCUUUUAUUAUGUCUAUUCUGUCAAAUAUACAACAUUAUUUGCAGAUAUUUACAACUUUAAGUUAAGACUCAAAUGUCAAGUUUAACGUAAUUUAUGACUUUUGUCUUAUUAAUCUUCAAGUUAAUUCUUAAAUCUUGUAAAUGCACAUGUUUGUAGAUGUUAUUUCUUAACUUAAAUGUCUGGUAAAAUCUGGCACAUUUUUAGUUUUGCUGUAAUUUUGUAGGUUUUUCUGCAUUGACUGUAUUUUUCACAGUAUCUCACUUUUGUUCAAAGUAGGCCCUGAUACUCUGUUGUACCCUGGUGAUUACAGCUCUAUCGAGUGAUUAUUUCAGGCCGUACCUGUCAAACAAGCCGCCCUUACUGUCAUUUAAUCUUCUGCUCAUGCUUUUUAUAUUAGUCCUCAUGCAAAAUUACGAAAGCAGCGAUUGUUAAAUCUUUUCAAACAGGGAAAAAACUUUUGGUGGAAUGUUUUGAACUGCAAAGGUCAACCUUCAGCCGCGACUUUGCUUUAUAAUGUGUGAAGAUCCAGUUCAGUUUUUUCAUAUUUCACAGCCUGUAAGAGAUAAAACAUGAACAAUAGAGACUCCCAGAAUAAUGUGAGUCCUCGCAGUGACCCUGACUAUAACAAAACAGUGAAACCAUGUGUCCUCUUUAUUAAAAUAUGACUAAGAUGUCCUCCUCCUCACGCUCUGGACUGGUGUCUUUAAAGUUGUGUAACAUCUCUCAGAGUGUUGUGAUCCUGGUCCUCUGCUCUGCUCUGGUUUAGGGGUAAAAUGUUUCACUCUUUAGGAAUGUUCUCAAACAGAAAACGAGGAUCCUCCCUCAUAGAGUCUCUGUUAUCUUCACAUGUUACUCCAUCGCCACACGCUCUGCCAACUUUUGCCUCAGAUCAGACCCUAAGCCCACUGUUGGUGGACCUCAUCAUUUUCCCAUCGUACAGCAGGCUCAGUGGAUGUUAAGCUGAUGGUUUUACAGAGACUGUAAAUCAGAUUUAUGACACACACAACAGGACCUACAGUGAGCUCAAUACUUGGGCAGGAACACUGUUGAACUCUUCAUAUUUUACAGUCUCUGCUCUAGGCCCACGGUGAGGUCUGGGUCUGUUUAUCGCUCUGAGAACUUUUAAGGACAGAAUAACUUUAAUUUUAACCUCAAAAGCACAGCUACAGUCUCCUCUGCAGGCAACAGAUGUAAGCGCACGAUCUAUGAGUGAUUCUCAGGAAAGCAGAAAAUUAGAUGAGAGCCUGCAAGAGUCCUCAACCUGCAUUCUUUUUCGUGUCCAGCAGGGGGCGUCUGAUUGUUUUAAAGUCAGUAAGAAAGUAAUCGGACUUCUCAGUUGUAUUUUGAAAAGUGCUCUGGUUUUAGUUUGUAGUCUGAAUAGUAUUGACCAAUCAGGUAUCAGCAGGGUUUGGUGUCUGUAUGGAGAGCAAAAGCAGGAGGAACAUAAUCCACCAGAAUGACAUCCAGCUCCUAUAGUUGAUGAUCUGAGGAGGAUUUAUUUCUCUGUACAAACAGAUAUCUGCAUGAAGGUCAUCUUACAAUCAGUUAUAGGUCAAACAUUUACACUGACACUCUAAUCUGAUUGAUGCUGAGUCACUAAAGACAAUCAGCGUUCAGAUUUCCUGACUUCCCUGAAUGCAUCAGAAACGAUGGCUCUGACCUCGAUUCAACAAGUAUUUCAAAGUUGUUUCUUCUCUUCUUACAAAAAAACUUUAGUUUCUGUUUCAGGUUCAUUCUGCUAAAGGAAGACAAAGUGGAGCCUCUAAGUGACUUUUUACAGAGAAACUGAGACUCACACUGUACCCACAGAGCAUGCCUACCACCCACUGUCCUCCAGUUAAACCUUCGUGUCUAAAUGCGGUCACUUUGGCACCCAAAUAUCAGGAUGGUGAUCACAUCCAAAAUGUCAAACUAUAUGAUACUGCCACAGCAGCUGCUCCCACUCCCCAUACACCGUCUGCGUUCAAUCAUUACAGUUGUUUUAUUUCAAUUGCACGCUCAGUGUCAAGCUUCACACUAUAUUUUCAUGAGUCUUAUCCUCUAAUUAUUCCUGACCUUCACAGCCUCAGUUUAUUUCUGUCUGUGAGUGGUCGAGCCUCCUUCAUCAGCUGACUUCAUGUUACUCAUGUUUCUGCUGCUGCUGAGACUGAACCGCUCUGCAGCACUGAUUCAAUUCGUCACACUUUUGAACGGACCCAGAAAAUUCUCGUACACAUGUUUGUUAUUAGGACCGUGGUUGUCUGUCAUGUUCCCACUUAUUCUGUCAUAAAUUUUUGGCCCGCAGGCGCUGAAUUUCAAACUAUUAGAAAAGCGAUAGAUUAAGGGAUUGUUAGGUAGUUUAAUGGAUAAGAACCAUGUCUGUCCAUUUAGGAAUAAAACUGACUCGCUGAGUUUCUGCUUUCCUGUGGUCAAACUUGAUACCUCAAUAGGACUUCGGUUAUUAGUUUCUGUUCUUACGUCUCUUCACUCCACAUAAGACUCGUGUUAUAUCUGUAAAAUGAACAUUAAUCAGAGUUUUGUUUGAGACAUCAAGUCAUCCGACAUCCAGAUAUCACCAGAUAUCAACAAGCUGAGAUCACCCAAACCCAACUUUUAAACUUGAAACUAUUUUAUUCAGGAUUUCAUGGCUUUAAAUGUAAAGUUUUUCUCUUUUGUAGAGGAGGAGGAGAUGUCUUUGGUAAAAUCUAAAUGAAAAUUGGACUUUCACAGAAAAUUGAUUUUAGCAGCUAGUAGCACCAAGAGCUGCUUGUCUGUGCGUCCAAUAGCUGUUUCGUCUGAAAGUCCAGAUUACCAAGCAUGUUGCUCUGAUGACAUUCACACACAAAUGCGUGUAUAAAGCUCUGCAACUCUGUGCAGUUUGCUCUCGUGUUGUGUCUGAUUGUGAAAAUGAACUAUCAGCAUCUCUUUGCUGCUCAGAGCUGUGCUGUUCACUCUCAUCCUGACUGACGUAGAUCUGUCCACAUUCAGAGGACAAGAUAGGCAAUGGAGGGGACACUUCCUAUCAGUUUGUUAUGGAGUUGAUUCAUGGAGGAUAUGUUUUCACAGGUUCUAUUUAGUGAUAUAUGAUAUAUAUGUAGUGAUUGAGUGAAGUAGAGUGGAACGCUAAUACAAGAACCACAAUACAAUAACACGUUAUGAAAACGCUGCAAUAGACACACAGGACAGUUGAAUAGAUGAACCGAGUAUGUUUCCCUGAGUGAACCUGCACGAACAGACAUGUUUUUAUCUGAUGUUUCAAAGACUGAACUCAGUCAUUGUAGAGGACGAGUGCCAUGGCCUCAGGUCUUCAGGUGUGUUCGUGGAGCAGGGGUGUGACUUGUUGGACUUCAGUAAAUAAGUUCAUGAGUCCUUGAGGAUUUCUGGAUGCUGCAGUUGUGAGUUUUGGAAAUAUUGAUCUAAAAUAAUCUGGUUUAUCUCAGCUGUUGGGUUGACUGAAGCCUCAUGUCCAGAGGCUUCUGUCCUCAAACUCAUGGCACCUGAUUCAACUCAACCCUUGGCCUUUUUGCGCACACUGUCCCUGCUCUUUCUUUUGUUUCUGCUGUCAUGUCCACUCUUAAAGAGUAAAAUAAUAUAUAUAUCUUUUUUUUUUAAUGCACAGAUAUUCAUGUUAACAGUCCUUUUUUUCUGUCGCUCUGCAGUGACACAACGCCUGUUGGUCUCUGGCUCAGUCUCAGUUUUCCUCUCUGACAUUUAACAAACUUUAUGACAUUAAUGUUUUAAAGUCGUGGAAACUGAAUGAAUAGAAACUCAGUCCUGAGUCAAAUAAUGUUGGAGUUUUAUAUGUGAAGUUAAAUCAAACUCCUCUUAAAGUCAGAGUGUUUUUGAUGUAAUGGGGCCCGAGUGGAGAUUCAGAGUGGUGAAGAAAUGACGUUGUUAUAUUUAUGAUGAUGAUGGAGACUUGUGAAGAGUUUGAGAUUCUGUUAACUUGGAUUGUAUUUAGGAGAAACAUACAUCUAUUGUUGUGUUUUGGCUGAUGUUUUUUUUUAAGAAACAGGAUUUUGGGUGGCAGAAAUGCAAACUUUUGAAACCAGGUUCCAGGGGAGAAUCUCCUUCUGUCCUCUUCUGUAAACUCUGAUAUCACAGUCCCAUCCAGACAGGAAAAAGUUUUUGUUAAGUGCUCGUUGAAGAACCUAUUUUUGUGCCAGCUACUAACUCGGUAUUUAUCCUCCUGCAUUUUUGCUGAUCUCUGUGUAGAUUCCAGAUUGCAGAUUGCUUUAACAACGUUGCCAUUUGAAUUUAUAGUAUUUUUUUCAAAAUACAAAGGACAGACUUCUUAGUUUUUAAUUGGGCGGCUCCUGAUUGACCUUUUUGCACUGUUCCCUGAAAAUGCAGUAGUAGAUUUAUUACACACUGGUAAACAAGUGACUGAUCUCUGCAGACCCAAAACAUCCUGAUAAAGUUUACGCUGUUAUUUUAAUAUCAAUAAUCUUUAAUUUAACAUCAGGUACAAAUGAUCUGGUUAGGUUUUUACUGUGUCUCUAUCAAAGUUUAUUGAGCAUUUAUACCACAGCAGACACGCAGCAUUAAUUUUCCUGUUAUAAUCUUUUUUCUUCUGUAGCAGCAACCGUCAAUAGUAACAGGCUAUAAGGAGUUUUAUAACUUUACUUUGUUUAUCUGAUGAAUGAUCAUUUCCUGUUUUCCUACUGAACAUGACGUUAAAUAAUCCCCCCAACAAGGAGCUGAACAGGAAGUCAUCAUAGCCAAUGAUCGCACAUGAGCUCAUCUUGGAAACAUUGACGGCGCUGAUACACUAGAAAAUAACGCUGAUUUAUUCCUGUUCUCUGAGGAGUGUGUUCAUCAGUGGAUAUAACAUGGACAGAUGACACAGCAGACACACACGCACCCUCUCACACACACACGCACAUACACACGCACGCUGGAGGUCAAUGUGAAGCCGCAGAGAGUCACCUGUCAGGCCUCGAUACUCGGACCUCAUAAAAUCAGCUCCGACUCAGAUCACCAUCUGUCUCACACACGUCGUACAAAGAGUGUAACUCUUAACACACCCUCACCCACACACACACACACACACACACACACACACACACACACACACACACACACACACACAGUUUACGAGCUGACAGAACAAGUACACAGCUCCCUGAGGAGACUUCACAUCAUUUAGAGAAAACAUCAGAGAGAAAUUAAUCAGAUUUAACCUCCUCAUCUCUGACUCUCUGUCUGACUUUUCAACAUUCACACCCACCCACACACGCAUGCACAAACUCCCACACACACACACACACACACACGCUCAGUAGCAACAGUUGCUGCUGGCUGCGGCUUGUCUGCACAGCAAACACUCGUCCGUGUCUGGACUCUAAGAGGUGGCCCGUCUGUGGAACUCUUUAACCCGUAUGGAGGGCUGGGUGUCGGGGGGAGGUGAGGAGGCAGACGCUUGUCUCUCCUGGUUCAGCAGAUUGAGUCUGAGUGUCGUCUGACUGAUGAACAAACGCUGGAACAACUGCUGGGUUAUGCUCUCCAGUCUGAGCGGAGCUGAAGUUUCCUCUCUUCUGAUUGGUUUAAUAAACAUUUUAAUCUGUUUGGUUUGUGGUUCAGGGUUCGAGCAUCUUUGGGUUUACGACUGCAGCAGAUUUAUUCUCUGCACUUUUACACCAAGUUGUUGGACUUGAUUCCUUCAUAUCCUGGAAAAAGAAAUUGUUCACCUGGUCCCGCUCUUUUUGUAAGAAACACAUAUGUUGGACUUAAACCAUCUGCAGCUCUGCAGAAACACAUCCAGCGCCCACUGAGGUUGCCUUAAGGACAGCUAAAACAUCCAUGUGGAGUUUUUUAGCUUUGUUUGUCUCGUGCACACACAGAGGAUGCACGUGCACACGCAUGCUGCCACGCCUGACGCAAUGCACAGUCCUGCCAACAGUUUCAUAACCCUGCUCUCCUCUGCAGCUGGAGGCAGAGCUGCAAGAGGGAGGAAACUGAGGACAGAGAACAUGGAUGGAAAUAAGGCAGGGUUUCAUCUGAAUACGCCUUUCAUACCUCAGAAACAUCUGAUCUGCACAGGAUAUAAACGUUACCUGUUGAUGUUGAAAGGAAACUUUUCGCAGUGCACCAUAAAGGUCAGAGAUUUUUAAACACCAUCUCCAUGCAAACUCCACAUUUACUCAUGUAUGUAUUUUCACAUGCACCAUACAAACUGAGCGUCUCAUUUCUGCAGACAUAUUUAUGAGCACCUGAUGAGUAAGUCAGUAUUUAUUCUGAACCAAAGCAAAGAGCUGCUGGGUUUAGUUCUGAAACACUGAGCCUAGAGAUGUUAAAAUUGAGAUUAUCUUCUGUGAGGUCAGCAUUUUAUGAUAUCAGCUGGAGAGAAACUGAUGCUGACAUUAGGACAUUAAAUGUGUUUGACUUUCUGCUGGACAAACUUGGACAUGAAGACUUUAAAUCAUCUAAAACAGAUUUUACUAAACUUUUUAGCCUGAGAUGCCCAGAAUAUCAGUGCUAGAGACUCCCGCCCACUACUGUGACCCCCUGAGGUGGGCUAAUCCUGCUCAAAACCAUGGAUAAAAAAAGGCAUAAUAAGAUAACAGCCACACAGCUGUGAUGUUAUUUUAUAGUAAUUUAAAAAAGUAAUAAGGAGAAUAAAGCCCUCUUCAUGUGGUAAGCGGUGAAAGAAAGCACGAGUGAGCACGGUGAAAGUCGGGUCACUGGUAAGCGUGUGUAAGUUUCAUACAAUUUUCAAGCCUCAGAAUUGAAUUUGGCUUUAUUUCAUUUUAAAUCACGGUAUUCUUUUUAAAAAUGUAGUAUUAUUUAUCAAAUGUACCAUUUUAAAACCACUGACAAAACUUCUCAAUCUUUUUUGGAGUGUAUCCAAAGUAACAUACAUCCCCCACUUUGGGAACUAGUGAUCCAAGAUAUUUCUUGGUACCUGUCAGCUGAAUGCGCUCCUUUAAAUAUCCUUACACCUGUGAGAGUACAGAGUCAGAGAAAACAGCAGGUGAAGCUCUUUACACAAGAGGUUUAUUUUGGAGGAGCCGUGCUGUCAGUACUUGUCCGACUCGCUGCUGCUCUGAAGUCUCUGAUUGACUUUAGUGAUGUUUUUUAUACAUCCAAGCAUCACCUCAGUGCCUUCACUCUGGAAAGUGUUUAUCUUAGAGCUCGAGUUGGCUGGUCUUUAUUGUCUAAACCACUGGCUCGUCCUUUUUUAUAGAUGAGUCUUGACUCGCUUUCCUCUUAUUUAUGAAAUUUCAAUAAUCCAACAGUCUUUUCUUUGUAACCCAGUCACGUGACUUAUGUUUGCUUUUGUCUCCAGAGUGCAUCUAUGAAUGAGGUGACUCAGAGCUCUGAAUCACCUGCAGAAAGUUUUUCACUCUGUGAGAGCCGAUUGGAGGACAAGAGCUGCUCUCUCUGAAUGUGUUUAAAGCAGAUUGAAGGUGGCGACGAGUUUGGUAAUUGUUUGUGACUUUAGUGCAGCAUGUGUUACUGAUAUUAGCCAGAGUGCUCUCGUAAAACAGAUUCUUAGCCUUCCGUGGUUACAUACACUUAACUGUGUAAACAAAACAGUAUAAGCUUAUAAUGAGUUUCUGUUUACUACCAAAGUAAUUAGUGUCCCAGUUCUUCUGCACAGUCUGGCUGUUAAAACACAAACACAUCUUAUUGGACUGAGUUUCUGUUUUGGCCCGAUUUAAAGUUCAUAUUGAAACCAUUGCAGCUCUGUCAGGGAGAUGUGGGAGCCAAUGUGUGCAAUCAGCAUCAUCUCGAACAGGAACAGAGCUCAUACAGAACAUGAUUGUGUAACAUGUAAUCACAUGAACUUAAAAAUAGAGAGCUGUUUUACUAAUGCAAACAGAAUUACUGCAGGGCAUCCUCUAAAUACGAACACCAAGGAGGAUUUUCAGCUUUCCAUGAAUGCAUCUUUGGUUUGCUCAAUAUUUGUUGUCACCCUGCCUGAAAGACUGUUGCACCAAAAUAACUGUGAAAGUGGCGACUUAUUAAACUCUUAAAUAUCGUAGUUACCUUUGCAGAUUGACAAUAUAGUUUAAAAACUCGUCAUGAAAGCUGCAGCAGAACCUGUGGGUGAAAUAAUGAGAUGAUCCGACUCACCACGUGUCUCUGUUUUCGUCUCCUUCCUCUCUCAAAGUCUGACUCUAAGUCACUGCUCAGAGUCUGUCCACAUGUCCUCAGAGUGUCACUGCGUCUUCAUCUUAUUUCCUUAGAUCGUGUUUUAAAAAGACGACCAGACAGAAAACCGUCAGUGAUUUCUCUCUCAGAGUCCGAUCAGACAACAGUGAACUGACAGAGACGUCCUUCAUUCAGCUGCAGAUUGAGCUGGAGUUUUUCCACCUGACGAUUCUUUAACUGAACGCCCGGGCUGAUUCAGUUCCUCCUCCUCUUCUUCCUCCUCCUUCUCCUCCUCCCAUCAUUUAGACUUUCUGAUUGUCGUUCUGAUGAAGCUGUGAGCUCAGAGACACCCCGUCCCCUCCCCUCCACAGCAGGGAGACUUUAGAAACGUUCACCCCCACCUCCCCCCCACACAGUCCUCCUCCUGUUUUCCACUGCCGUCCUCCAGCCGGCCCAGCACUCCCACUGAGGAGGAGACUGGGUGGACUGGAAGGGCUGAGCAGCAGCUGCAGGGAGCUCACAGGUUUGAGCAUGUGGAUCCUGGACUGCACUGAUGGAGGAAAGAUACCGAGACUAAGACGUUUACCUUAUGUUUCUGGUUUUCCUCUUUGUUUCUCCAGAAUCCUGCCUGUCUUUACUCAGACUUUAAUCCUGAUUUGUGACCAGAGCAAAGAGUCAGAGUCACCGAACCAAUUGUUUUUUUUUCUCUGUUUGUUUGUCCUGCUUUAGAGAUGGUCUCUAAACUGGGAUGUUUUCCUCAUGUUCCUGGUUUUCAUCUCAGCUCUUUCUCUCCUUCUGCAGAAAAUUUAAGAGUAAACUUUCUUCUGUCGUCAUUCAGGCUCAUAAUCCUGAUCUUAAACAAGAACAAAAGGUGUCCUCCCAUGCUUGCGUCAGGUAUUUUCAGUCUGUUCUGGCCCGCCUUUGACAUCAUCUAAACUGAGAUUUGAAUCUGUGAAAACAUGCAGAGCGUCCACUCACGAGCAGAGGCCAUGGACUUGGUUCCAGUUUGUUGUGUUGUCAUAGUAAUUACAUCUUACAUAACUCAGUGAACAAAUAUUCAGUGACUCAUCCUAUUUGUUUUUAAUCACAAACUGGUGAUGGAUGAUAAGCUGUCAUCCAUGGAAUUAACGGAAAGUGCAGUCAGUCUCAGAGAGGUCAGACGAAGGCGGACGAGGUUUCCUCUGAGACGUUUGGAGAAUUCGGCUAUCUUGUUUUGGUAUCAGAAGUACCCUCAUGCUGUGCUUAAGCAGAGGGAGGAAAAACUUAAGCACAGGCAGACUGGAGGAGAAGGAGAAGUGGUGCUUUUAGUUUCCUGUAGUAAAAGUUUAGAAAUGUCCUCACAGUAUAGAGGCUGUUUCUGGGCAGACUGGAUCCCUGUUUACAGAAAAAUGUGUUCUUAAGAGUCUGGAUUCUGGACAGAAAAGAGUUCUGGUUUUGGUUUGAGUAGAAUUGACCAAUCGGGUGUCAGCAGGGUUUGGUGUCUGCAGGAUAAACAGUCUGUAUGAAGAGCAAAAGCAGGAAGAACACAAUCCAGCAAAAUGACAUCCAGCUCCUAUAGUAGGUGAUCUGAAGACGAUUUAUUCUUCUGCAUAAACAGAUAUCUGCAUGGGGGUCAUUCCUAUGUUCCCACAUUUCUAACAUUUUCGGUGACAAUAACAAUAUUUAGAUUGUACUGUAUACUUACGGGGUAUAAGUUACACUGUGGGUAUAUUAGAUCAUAUUUUAGACUUAUUGUUCUUUACAAGGAUAAUUGUCUCCAACUCCGUACAUUAACCAUUAUGUACACAUAACAUCACACCCAUUGACAUCUUUCCUCAUGGAUUUACACAGAGGUGUUGUCGCAGCAGAACACUCACCGUGUGAUAAAUCUCAAAUGUGGGAACAUAGGGCUGUGGGAACAUAAGGUUGUGGGAACAUAGGCAUGGAUCCUCAGCUAACAAUCUGUUCUAGAUCAAACAUUUACACUGAGACACUAACCUGCUUGAUGCCGAGUCACUAAAGACAAUCAGCGUUCAGAUUUCCUGACUUUUCUGAAUGCAUCAGAGAUGAUGGAACUGACCUCCAUUUAACAAACAAACAUUUUCAAAGUUGUUUUCCUCUCCUCUUGAGGACAGACCUGACAAAACGACUUUUGACUUUUACUAAUCUGCAUCAUGAUGUUAUUUUACCAAACUGAAGAAAUGUUGAUGACAGUAAAACCACAAGAAGAUCAGUUUCUGUUUCAGGUUAGUACUGCUGAAGAAAGCCAGGGUAAUUGAGACUCAAUACAAACAGAUGAACAUUAGGCCAGAGUGAAGCCUCUGUGUAACUUACGGCUUUGACUGAAACAGCAUCCCAAAAACUUACCACUGACAGUGAAACUAGGACUCACCACAAACAGAGAAAUAUUCAACCAAAGUAAAGCUGUUGUUAAACACAGUCGUUACAGUGAAACAGAAACUCACAAUUUGCAGAUUAGCGUUACAUCAUGGAAGCCCUUGUGUAACCUGUCUACAAUAAAACUGAGACUCACCACAGACAGUUAAACAGGAGCUUCUCCAGAGGAUGUAACAAACUGAGAUAUGACAGUGUUUAUUUUUCAGACAUUUUUAGAGGGUUGGAUUUCACCCAUAUGUCUCCUGAAGUUGCUGAUUGGAAAGUCGGGCUGAAAGGUGUUUGUCAGUCCGUAGUGGCUCAUUGAAAACACUGAAUAGUUGGACGUCACUCACAGAGGCCUAUUUUGUUGUUGGAUAUUGACAGUGUGCUCUGAGUUAUUCAAUGUCAUGUUCCUUUACUCUCCACCUGCGCCCGGGGUUUUUUAUGGUUAUUGAAGAGAGGGAACAUAAUAAUAAGUUUAGCGUUCAUUGAACGUCAACAUCCUGUUUCAUAAAGAAGGUAGAGGCUCAGCUGUACAGUUAUUUUAUCAGCAGUUUAAACUCCUAAAGAAAACACUGUAAGUGUGAUUUAAGUGCCUGUCUGCGGAGUUGAAAGCGGAGAGCUCUCUGAGACGCAGCAGAGCGUGAAACCAGGACCAGGGCUCUUCUCCUUCUCUUUGUGUAUCUGCUUCCUGUAUCUGUGCUUCGACACGGAUUCACUUUACAUCUCUCUUGAUUUAUGAUAGAGGACAUGUCGCAGCCUGUGAGCGCUCUGCUCAUUCACUUUGAUAGACCUGAUUAUCACCUGCAGGACAGAGACAACAAGAGAAGACAACCGGAAAAAACACCCUUCAUUCAGAGCAGGGGAGCAGCAGAAAAAUGAUGUUCAUUCACAGCAUCUAAUAAACCAAAAAUAUCUUCAUCUUACUGCUGCUUCAGAAAAGCUUUUGUAUUCAGCAUUUCUGUUUUUUUUCCAACAAGGCGGAACAUAUUUUAAGAAAAAGGUCUUGGAUUAAGGACUGUUUACCAGGACAUUACUCCAUGUUUAGGUAGAAAGCCCACAAACUAGUGAAAAGUCUGACCAAAUCUGCAGACCAGCAACAUCAGAAAAGACCCAGUUACUCUCCUGGUUGUCACCUGAUCAUGUGGACAUGCUUUUGUUAAAAAGAGUGAAGAGGAGUUUUGCUGACUGCUGCUUCUGGAUGCUGUGAUGUAACAGGACCUGUUAGCUUAGCAUGAGUGAUUGAUGGAGACAGGAAGCACAGCUGAGAGGCAUCAAGUGUCCAUCAGCAUGACAUCAUCGGCAAAGAUUAGUAAGCAUGUCGUGAUAAAUAGUGCAGAUGUGAUGGUGAACGUGGAGAUUCCAGCACAGCUGAUAUGAUGGAGGGUCGGCUGGUCUUGGGGGGUUUGGGUGGAACAUGCAGAGGAAUGUAACAGAGGAAGGUUUAAUACUCAGCGGUCAGGAGAGGAUGUGAGGGGAGUUACAACAAAUAUGAAGUCUUACUCUCACUGUAAAAGCAAAGUUUGUUGGAGUUCAACUGAAAUUAUUGACAUCUUAAAUGGAAUAACCUUUCUCAAAACCUGGAGAUCCAGGAAGUGUGUUUCUGGACUUUAUGUUUUCUUUUUAAGUCUCUAAAAGAAUUGUGAGAAUUGUUGAAUUAAGGACGAAUCACAAAUGUACUGGCCGAAUACUGAAUGAGGGAAAUAUUCAAGCGCUGAUAAAACUCUGGGUUUAAAAACUUUUCCUAUCUCUGCCUGAGUCGCUCAACAUUUCCACAAAUUGAUUUCCAUCUCAGCCUCCUCAGUUUCACUUUUACAGUCCUACAUGUUGGCACUGAUGUUUCGGCACACAUGUGAGAGUGUAACCUUAAAAUAAAACCCUCAGCUCAGGCUUUUUAAUUUGCUUAGAGAUGGAAUAGGGAUGUUCAAAUAGUAUGGACAAUAACUAUUUUAUAUUUACAUGUGUACUUUAUAGCUGUUCUUUAACUGUUUUCAUUGAGAUUAGUAAGCUAUGAUCUUGUGGAAGUAGUUUUCUUCAAAAUAAAAGCAUGAUGAGGAUGACUCAUAAAUUUGAACAUUAGAAAUGGAUGACUGUAAGUUAGUUGUGUUUAUAAGUAGUAAAGUUUAAUUCAUGUGUUGCUUCACUAAUUUCUUAAUGACUGAUUGUGCUGUUGUAUUUUCAAGUUUUUAAAAAAGCAUGUGGGUCAGGUCUUAGCAGUGACUCUGUCCUCUGGUCUUGUCUCAGUUCAAGUUGUCUUGUCUCAAACCCUUCAUUAGUGACUAAACCCCGCUAACACCCUGAACCUCUGAGAAGCUGAGCUCAGGUGAUUACCCUGAGCAGAGCUGCAGCCGUGGACCGGCCCCUGCAGUGAUGACUUUUGACCCCGAGGGGAAGCAUUAAAACUGUAAUAGAGACAAACACUGACGGUCUGCUACGUCAGACUGUCUCAGCUGCUGAGGACCUCAGAGUCUUUUAAGCCUCAGUGCUUUGGUCUCUUAUGGUUCAGCAGCCCUAGCAUUGUUUGAGGACCACACACACACACAUGCACACAUACAUACAUGCACAUACAUAGACACACACUUGGAGGAAACAGCUGAAGAGUUUCCUCAAGAACUGUACUGACAGUAUCGGACUUGUUGAAUCUCUGACUGUCAGUCGGUCCAGUCUUAGAGACGGUUAACUAAAGUGUGUGUUUCACUCUCACGGUCUCGUGUAUCUUCCUCUCAGUGUGGCCAAGCUGCCCUGACCUUUGACCCCUGCUCUCUGACCUCUAACCUCCCUGCUGCCUGACCUCCUGGGGCGUGUCAUCUCUCUGUUACUGAAGACGUCUCGCUGCUAAACUCGAGAAUUUAAUGUUUUCAAAACACAUGCUGAGGACACAGACCGGGUUAAUCCUCAGCAUGGACCUCAUGGUGUCAGAGGGUGAUGAUGUCUGUGAAUGUGUGCACAGAGAAAUCUUGCUGGUCAUUCUCUGUAUUAGUGAUGUAUAAUAUGACUGAAAGAAUAACCACAGUAAAAUGUUAAAAGUCUUUAGACACAUUUACAACUAACCACACUGAAACAGAACCGCUGUCUUCAUGAACACAACUUGCACAUGGCAGUAUCUGUAUGUAUUUUGCAAGUGAUACUGUUUUGUCUGUGUCUCCCCUUAUUUUAAACCUAAAAACUCAAUUGAUGAUGCAAAUGUGUUUUAGAGAGAUCACACAAGAGUUUCGGGGAUCUCGCAGAAGUUUCACAGACUUUACAAAACUUUCUAAGGAGCCUGCAAAAUUAUGCAGGAUCUCGCUAAAGUUUGAUGCGAUCAUGCAGAACUUCAUGGGGACCUCACAAAAGUUUGUCAGAGCCUGGCAAAGGUUUUUCAGGACCCAGCAAUGGUUAAAAACAUGCUCAAAACAGAGCCUACAUUGGCUUAAAAACAUGCUCAGAUAUAUGCAAAAACUGGACAGUAACCUCCUCUGAUUAGUUGAUGAACCCAGACAUGACUAUGACUUGUUCAAUAAUAUAUUUUUUCAUUUGAUGUUUGUUUCCAACAUAAAUAGAUUAAAAAAAAACAGUGAGCAAAAUAAAUGAAAGGCUAGAAAUAAAGUUAAGAUGAAUUCAAGCAGCAAAAACACUCAAAUAUAAUCUUUUACAUUUGCAGAAUGAGAGGAGUGUGAACUUCUAAGUCACUAUCACUGAUUCCCUCAGUAUUCUUUUUGCUUGCUCUGUUUCUUUCUAUCAUUAAAGCUAAAAAAAAAACAAUUUUGUGAUUAUUUCUCAGUUGCUCUUUAAGCCGAGUAAAAGCCUCGUUUUGAUGUAGAAACUGCAGAAUGUGAUCUGGAUCAUGAAGAAAUAAGCAAAAGUUCAGAAAACGGCCAAAUGUGAAAAACGUGACUUUGCACAAUGAAAUGUGAGGGUUGUUUGAUAAAUGUUUCCAUAGUAACAAGUUCCUCUGGGUCAUCCACAAACAGCGGGUCUGUGAACCAGAAAGGUCUCUGACCUGAAGGACAAAAUAAAAGCCCUUUAUAAAUGAAGACCUUUAAGAAGGUCAAAAGUCUUUGGCUCCUACAGAGACUCUGUUAAAUGUUCUGAUCUGAAUUUGUCCAGAGCUCCCGGGAAGAGUUUUUAUCUGGUUAGUGAACAGACUGACAUACUGACUACUAAAGAAAAUAAGUCCAUCAGCAAGAAGAUUGAUCAUUUCUGUAGACUUAUUUCAGAGAGCUGAAAUCUCUGCUGCAGAGUGGCUGACAGACUUAAGAAUAUUUUAUUUGAUUUCGGGUAAAAAAUCUCAACAAGAGCUACACUGCAUCUGUUUAUAUGUAAAACUCAUGACCACUUUAGGGAUAGUGCAGUUUGCAAAUGCAUAAAAAGGAACAAAUCAAAUGAUCAAACAAUAUAAAAAGAAAUAUGCAGGCCUUUUAUUCAGUGUGUGAUGAUGUUGUGAAGUCUAAAAACUGUCUUUAUAACAAGUAUGCUUGUGAUUCGUUUUAAGCAUUUUAUAACAGAUUGAAACUUGGAGAUUAAAUUCCUGGAUGCACAUUAUGCACCAAAAUUAUGCAGAUGAAUCCAUAAUGCAAAUUUGAUGCGUUAUGUUGAGCAGCUUCUACACGAAAUGAAACAAGAGCAGAACUUCAAUGUCUGUGUUAUUGACAUCUUUGGACAACAAUGGUCUGCAACAGCAUCUUACUGUGUCAGGUCAGUUUCAAAACACAUAACAAAUGUCACAAAACAUCAAUCUCUAAAGUUAAUAUAAAAAUUAUGAAGUAACAUUAAAAAGUAUAAAUAAGAUCAAACAUUUAUAAAUAAAUAUAUCAGCUCUACAGAUCUGUGAUUGUGUCUGCAGAGCUAAUGAUAUUAAUGAGUACAUCUGUUUCACUCCGUAUGCGUCCUGCUCUGCACAGGUGCAUUGUGGGUGUUUUAUUGGAGCCUUGUAAGUUUUAUGAAUACACAUUCCUCAGCACGUCCACCUGUGCCCUCUAGACUUUUCCAAAGAACUAUAAAACGCUAAGACUGCUGCUUUUUUCCACUUCCUACCUCAGACACAGAGAGUUUCCACGGCUCAGAAAACAAAGUCUGGACUCUGGUCUGGAUUUAUCUGAUCUGUGCUGAAAUUCAAAAUAAUCCUGUCUGCGGUUCAAAAGGAAAAGCUUGCAUGUUCAUGAACAGAGAGGUUUAUAUUCAGGCAGGUUUGGGAACAGGAACAGAGAGGAAUUUUUCCAACUGGAGCAGUUUGCCUUUAGGGUUAUUGUCUAAUAAUAAUAAUAAUAUUUAACAGUCAAGAUUUGAAAAGAUGGGAUUAAAGUAAAAAUAGAGUUCUGAUUUGAGAUGCAUAAACCAUGUGAUGUUCUUUCUGACUGAUCAGCAUACAGUUUGUUCACACAGGAUCCAAUAGAUUAGGCAGCAUGUGGCUUUCAUUAUUUAUAAAAACGCAGCUUUGGAUGUUUAAAUCACCAGAUAUGAGUCACUUUAAUUUAUUGAUUUGGUUUAAUCUGCAUGAAGAACAUACAGUCUAAUCAUUUUUAUUGUUCCCUGUAAAAACCAGUUAUGUUAAAUAGACUCUGCAGGACAUAAGUUAAGAUCCCAGUCCAGUGAUAGAAGCUGUUAUUGCUGUUUCACUGCAUGAAUUAUCUGCUGAAAUAUAAAGGGUUAAUUUUACCUGAAGAAAACAGGUAAAUUGAGAGGAAAAUGGGGGUCUUUGCUGCUGCUCUUCCUGUUUCCACCCCAGCUCCUCCUUUUUAUUCUGUAUAUGAUUUUACAGAUGUCACAAACUUCAUAGUGCACAUUAGGUGGAAGGGUGAAAGCCAUAAUGCUCUUUGAUGAAAGCUAUGAAUAUUUUAGCACUUGUUUUCAGCUGUCCACAGAGUUCAUCAGCAGGUACUUAUAAGUGAUAGGGAGAUGCUUUUUUAGCAGGGCUAUCUAGUUUGUGUACAGGACUGCCAGCUCCUUCCCCUCAAAUAUGGCUUCGAACCCCUUCACACUUCACAGACGUCUUUAGUUGAAACUACUCUGUGCUUUAAGUUUCUGUUUGACUUCUGUGGAUGCUUUGAAAGCCUUCAACUUUGAUAUCAUGUGUGCAUUUGAAACCAUCUGAAGCCACGUCCCCGUCUUCUUAAAGGAAGAACUGAGGUAAUGGUUUUUUUACUGCAGACUUUGUGUGAUCUCCGUGUUCAGAUCCAACAUCUCUAACCUCCUGUUAAACAUUCAGUUAAACCGCUCCAGGUUAUAGCAGCCCAGUGUGCACUGUAAAAUAUUCAGUAAAUGUUCGAGGGAGUUUCCAUCAGCCUGCAGGAUCAGCUCACCGUGCCCACGUGUUGUACCAUCCUCUGACAUGUUUGAGGAGCUGCAGCUUCAUGACUUUGAGGGGGCUGAUAAAGGAUCUGUCCUCACAUGAUCUGAAAGUGUUAGAGUUUGCUCUCAGUGCAGGACAUGUGUUUCUGCGGAGCCUUCACAUCUGCUCUGCAUUGAUCAAACCGCUCAAAUACAUUUACAGUAGAUUCCCACAGGGCGGGCUCAGAGGGGGUCCACGGAGUUCAUGAUCGAGGGGGUCCACACUCUUAAACACCAGAAUGCUUGUUAUAGGAGGUAAUUUAUCAGCCAGUUAUUUGACUAAAAAAGGAGCUAAAGCAGCAGGAUCUGAAUGAUUUUCUGGUACAUGACUUUAUCUGCAGAUAAAACACUUAUAUUUCCAGACACUGAUACAUUUGUCUCUGUCUGAUAAGCUGUUAUAAAUGACAGGGAUCAUUUUCAUUUUAUCGUUACAUAACUCUGCGCUGUUAUAAAUUUCCAGUCUGUUAAAAAAGGAGCAGCCUGGAUGGAAAUUAUUCAUUAUGCCCAAUCAGUCUUCUUAUAAACCGCAGUGUGUGUGCAGCUGCAGCCCUGCAUGCUGUGGUUUCAGCUGCUGUGACUGUGAAGUGUUUAAUCUUCAUCAGGCUGAACAGACAGCAGUUACAUGAUUAAUGUCAUAUCAAAGUGUCUGAAAACAUUAUAGAGAGGAUCCUCUCAAAAAUAAACCUUGUUGUUGAAGAAGGAAAUGUUUUUUUUUUUUACCUUAAACAGCUGUUCCAUCACUUCCUAAAAAAUACAGCGGACCACACUGAGGAAAAACAGGAGUGAAACCUCACAGUAGGAGUCGCUGGUCUUACUGGUGUCUUUACUUAAAAGUGUUUGUCUCAAUGUGUGAAUUUGAAAUUGUUUAAAAUAGUUUUUAUGGUACACACACCACUGAUGCUGGAACAGAAAGGUCACCAAGACUCUUAUGGUCCCCACAAUUCCUCUGAUACCUUUAUUUUCUAAGUAUAACAACUGAACCUGUGAAUGGAUUUGAAGUACGUAAGUCUUAAAGUGCUCAGGUGAAUCCCUUUCACAUUCCCUGAUCUUAUUCAUGAAAACACAUUUUUGAGAAAUAUUAAUAUUUUGAGACUCUGGAGCUUCUUGAGCAGAGCGACAGAGGAGCGAGUGAUAAUUCAUCAUUUAGCUUUUUGUUUUUAUCUGCUUUUGUUUCUUUGCCAGAAGCUGAAAUGAGAAGUCCUGCUUGAGAGAUGAGAUUGAUUCAGUGAUGAAGCCAUGUUCUUUAUCUUUAUCUUUAUCUUUAUUUGAACAUGAUAAAAAUAAUGAUGAAGUAAAAUAAAAAAAAACAAGGCUUUAUGAAAAGAAAAUAAUAAUAAUAAAAUAAAUAAAUAAAUAAAUAAAAUCAAAGACAAGCCUAACAGGCAAUAAUCGGCCAAUAUCAUGAUCAUGUUCAAAAAGGAGUAGGGUGAAGUCAAGCCUUAUGUGAUCCUACCCCUUUGUCAACUACACAGCGUCAACACUUUACAAACUGGCUUACUGUAUACCUAUAAUGUAUACUUUAACAAAUUGAUUUACCACUUAUGUAUCAAGGAUUUCUCACUUUCAGUUGAGUGGUACCCCUGACAAGUGCAUAUAUGUCAUUUUUUAGAUAAAUCUUGGACAUUAAUUAUCAAUUCAAAUUGCCACACUGAUAGAGCCGCCACCCUAAUAAAAGUGUUUCUGAAGAGGCUGAAUUUUUACAGCCACGAGUUCUCAAAUUAAGUUAAAGACAAAAAUAAAUAAACAGUGAACUCUUAGGACUGAGUUCAAUUAUUCUCCCUUUGAAGCACUUCCAUUGUAUUUGUUAGUGCAGGAAAUGUGUGUGUGUGUAUGUUUGUGUGUGUGUGUGUAGUUCUGGCAGAUGAGUGUGUUUAUUUACUCCAUGUGUUUGUGAUUUUUCGUGCUCGUACAGUGACGGGCUCUCCUGACCGUCACAUGCAGCUCUGAUCGGUGUUAUGUAACUUCAGCGUUUAUCAGAAGUGGUUGUUAAAUUCACCGAAACCACAAAGAGUUUUCCCUCCGUCUGUGUUUUACUGCGUUUUAAUUUGGGAUUCAGGGAAACACACCGCUGUGUGUGCGUGUGUGUGUGUGUGUGUGUGUGUGUGUGUGUUUUCUGGUAAAUGAAGCUGUGAUAGUGGAGCUGUUGUGGAUUUGAAAUAUGUGGAAACCUGGCUGUGCUCUCUAAUCGUAAAUUUUACUGUUGAGCAACAAAGACUGUUAAUGACAGAGCAGAAAAACAGUGUAAUGUGGAAGAAAGUCAGGCAUUAUAUUUUUACUGUUUAUUACUUUUUGUAAGUAUUAUUAUUAUCUCAGAAUUUAUCAGCCUUGAAAAACCAGCACCUUGAACACUUCACAGUGAAAUCAUAUGUCACCUCUGUUAGUUAGCUAACCAGCUUUUAUCCUGCUGAUAUCAACAUUAGCACAUGAUUUUUAAGUUACUGGACUUGCUCUAAAGUCUGGCUGUGUUAAACCUCACUGCUCUGGGUGAAGAGGAGGAUGACAGCCCUGCAGCAGCAGAAGUAGAACCAGCUGGAACAGGAGCAGCAGUAGGAGUUCAAGCAGAAGACACUCAAAGGUUCUUCAUUUUGACUUGAUUAGAUGCACAACGCUGACGUAUUCGUUCAUGGAGGUUGUUUACUCCCCUUUGUAAAUUAUUAUGCUGCAUAAAUUUCAUUUUGAAUCAUCUCCAUCUCUAGCUUUACAAAAAUGUAGACACAAUUUGGUCAGUUUGUCUUUGAGUUUCAAGUUAAGGGGCUGCAUUUAAGCAUUUUCAGAUCGGUGGUGACACCAUGGAGUUCUUCAGGUCAUGUGAUUGUUACUGUACAGCCUGAAAUGUGGCUGUUGCACAUGUAUAUGUCAGACCUCUGAUUAGGUUCAACCAUCAGAUGAAACUCAUGCGAAACAUCUUGUCAGCAGACCUUACAUUGGCCUGUGUUUUAUAAAUGAACCUGAUGAGAGGCUGUGAGCUCUGUUUUUGGUUAUUUAUGUUCCCUGUCUGCAGACUCAGCUCAGAUUAAUUUGGUAAGUUAAUCAUUAUAAACAACAGCAGUCCCAGGAUACAGUUUUAAGGAAGUAUUUCAGGCCAAAACAGUCCAUUACCGGAGAAAAAGUGAAAAUGUGUUUAGUUUGGAAAGCUGUGUGAUGUAGAGGUGAUCAGAAAAUGCAGAAAUAUUGAUAUUUAUUCAGGUUUGAAUUCAAGUCUGUUUGUAAAAUCAUCUGAAGUGAUUCAAAGAAAGCGCCGCAUUCCUGCUGCUAAUGGUAAUGUGUUUCAGAAAAACGAUGUGGAAAACUGUGUCCAACGUGUGUUUAUGUGUGUGUGCGUGUCUUUGUGUCUUUGUGUCUGUGUGUGUGUGUGUGCGUGCGCCACAUCAGAGGCACUGUGGUGAGUCCUGAGGAUUGCAGCGGGUCUCUGGCUGCUCUUUAGAAACCGUUAUUUCACAGUAAUUAACAGACAGACUGAAGGAAAGUCUGGGACUCACACCAUGCUCUAAGAAUUAGUUUGGGCACUUUGGACGCUCUCUGGAGUUUUUUUUUUCUGCUCUUGGGAAAAGAUGCCAGGACUAUUAUGCAAAUUUCCACUAGUUUAAAAAGUUGUCAUCUGUUAGAUUCUUCUGUACUCUGUUGCUGUAGACUAAAGACACAAAGAAAAAAUGAUGAUAUGAGAGAUGCUCUGAAAUUAAACAUGUGUCUUAAAGCUUCGUACUGUGUCAUUCAAUCAGAGUUUCUCUCUCUGUGUGUCUGUAGAUCAGCGUUUCAUCAAACCUGAACAAUUGUCAGAGACUGUCCGUUUUCUGUUUCAGGGAUCUACCUGUUGGACAUAAUCUACAUCGACUCGGCCUAUCCGGCGUCGGACAGCAUCAUAGAGACGGAGCAGAGGACCAAUCAGAUGAACAACCUGCUGAGGGUCAUCUCUGACCUUCAGAUGUCCUGCAAAUAUGGUGAGAUACGCAGACAUCGACAAGAAAUUGUGGAGUUGUGGUGAUUUUAGGCUGUGCUGAAUGAUUGAUUUUGUAAUACAAGUGAAAUCUGGCUUUUAAUUUAGUGAGUAUUAUCACCAAAAUUCAGUCAGAGCUCUUACAGUGAAGAAUUGACGCAUGGUCCCUUUGAGUAGUAGAACAUAUUACUUUUUAAAACAUGUAUAUCAUCCAGUCAGACAUCCAUCCAUUUUCUACCGCUUAUUCCUGUUCCCGGGUCGUGUGGGGGCUGGAGCCUAUCCCAGCAUCUUCGGGCGAAGUCGCCAGUUCAUGACAUAUAGAGACGAACAACCAUCCACGCUCACAUUCACACCUACGGGCAAUUUGAUAGUGGCCAAUUAACCUAACCCCCACUUCUGCAUGUUUUUGGGAUGUGGGAGGAAACCGGAGUACCCGGCGUAAACCUACGCAGACACAGAAAGAACAUGCAAACUCCACACAGAAACCGCCCUGACCCGGAUUCGAACCCAGGACCUUCUUGCUGUGAGGUGACAGUGCUAACCACUACACCACUGUGCUGCCCUCCAGUCAGACAGACAUGCUUAAAUAACCAGAAAGUAGUCUGAACUGUUUUCAUCCAAUCACUGGGUCUCAUCCUCUCCUUCCUCUCUCUUCAUUUACUGUACUCAUCAGUCCACAGGAAGCACAUGUCCACACCUCCUUAUAUGGUGUUGAUGUUGGAUUCAUGGGCAGAUUUAUGCUGAUUAGUGGGUAUCAGGAGCACGCAGUCACUAAAUGAUCCAUUGACAUUCAUGGGCUUCCUCAUACCUACAAUCAAAUCAGGGUUUUCUGCUGUGUUCAUGAAUCUGGAGUAGUUUAAAAAAGCAAAAAGCCAACACCACAGCAGUGACUGAACUGAUGAUAUCCAGUCAUUCAGAAGUUAGCUUGUCACUGGUUUGCUGCACUGGUAAAGUCAGAGAAAACACAGCCCACUCAGAGGUGAAAAUUACUGUCAUUUAAAAUCAUUCUCUGGUUGAGCUGCUGUUACAAAACCAUCGAUCAUUUUCCUCCCAGCAACAGCAGAGACGGAAAAUUCUGAUAAGCUGCUGUCUUUCGUACUCCAACAAAAACUGAAAAGGCGGGUCUUCAGGGUUUAUUUUCUCAGAAACAUUUAAAUGUUUCAAUUUAUCAAAUUGAAGUAUAAGUUAAGUAAAAAAGUCUACAGUGUACUAAUGUAAAGUUUUAAUAUUACGAUGAAGAUGAAACGGCUAAAUCAUUGUGAAUAAUACUGCUCCUAGCUUAACAAAGAAAUUCUUGGAUCUCAUCAAAACUGAUUCUGUAUGUUUAAACUCUUAUCUUUUUACCAUGUGGAUAUUUUUAUUAUGCAAACAGAAUGGUGCAGAUGAGUCUUCAACGAUAUCAACACUACAUCUGAGUACAAGGGUCGAAAAGCCCAAAAAAGCAUCUUUAAAAGUAUUUGCAGCAAAUCCUCCCAGUGUCAAGUUGAUAUGAAGUGACCUCACUCUCUUUUACCUGUGUUUCCUCAGAUCACCUGGUGACCCUCCCUCACGUUCAGAAGUAUCUGUUGUCGGUACGAUACAUCGAGGAGCUGCAGAAGUUUGUAGAAGACGAUAACUUCAAGUAAGUUUCAUCCCACUGUCAAUAAAGGGAGGAUGACACACAGUUAAGGUCAUGAGGUUCAGUGCAAGUUCAGCGGAGGAUGAACACCCGUAGAUCUGUGUACGGAGGGAUCACAGAGAUAUUAACGUGAAACUCAGCUCCCUCCUGGUCUGUGCUCUGACUCGUGGAAACAUGGGGGUGGGUGUGAAAUCGUCAGGGUCCAUUCACAGGAAGCAGCAUGACUUCCACGGGCUGCUGGUUUUAUUUUCUCCAUGGGGAGUAAAGAUAAAAACCAGCAGCUCUGAUGACUUUCUCAGGCCGCGUCUAAAAACACUUUAAAAAAACAGUUUGCCAGAAGAAGUUUCAGGGUGUUUUAUGGGCGAACUUGGUCUCUUUGUUUCUGCAUCUGUCCUCUUCUGCGGCUCAGGAUGCAGGAGCAGAGAGCACAUCACAUUAAUAAGUCAACAUUUGGAGAUUUCCAUUCAAAUAAAAAAAAAAACUGCAAUGAUGUCUUUGCUGAAGGGAAGGUCUGUGCUGAAUUAUGUAAUGUAAGAAAAAAAAGGAAAUGACACAUUCUUCCUUUCCUGAGAGGAAAUUUCAAAGUAAUAAAUCACACGCUCUGCUUCGUACUCCGACUGUUUUUAUGGGAAAUGAUGGGAAAUGUUAACUUAAUAUUCAGUCACUCCUCCACAUAAAAACAGAGGUCAUCAUUACAGUUUGGAUGUUUUUAUGCUUUUUAUCUUGGUUUGUUAGGCAGCGCUCAUAUUAUCCACAAAGAAAAGGGAAACCUGAUGACAGAAAGACAUUACCUGAUUUUUUAUCCAUGUAGGUGUCAAAGAGAAUCUCUAAUUCCAGGUUAACAUUAUUGUUUGGAUCAUAGAUGAACAGCCAAACUAACCUGUAAAUUUAAGAUCUUUUCUUGAUUUUUAAAAAGAUAUUUGUUGGUAUUAAGCUAAGAUUAUACCAUGAAUCACUCACUUUUAUGACCGAUUUUUUUACUACUUUUCCUAAGUAGCUCUUUGGAAUAAACAAAGCUCAAAAUAUAAAAUAAAAAGCAACAAUGAGGAAGAGUACAAAAGUAAUCUUUGUAAUUGAGGAUAAGUAGAAAUCUUUCUGGCUCACAUACUUCCUGAUAGAUCUGUGGUUAGACACUUUAUUGGACAUGAAAGUUUAAAAUUAAACACACAGUCAGAUGGAGGAGAGAGAGGAAAAGACCAUAACCCACUGAGAGAGUUCACCUAAAAUGUACUAAAGCAGACAAUACUGACAGCAGUCUGUAGCUCCUUUACACGAGCACAAAGUUCCUGAAAAUUUCCUACUUCCUGAAACCAACACUGGGCAGUAGCAUUGUACGCAUUUGGCGGGAGAGUCGCCAAGAGUCUCUGCACAGAAAGAAGAGGACCUGAGCACAAACCAGUCUCACAGUACAUGCCGACAUCGCAAACCGGGGUAGAGCAAAAUUUAUAUUCUGUGUAAUAAAUUUUUAAAGUUUGACCACAGCUCCGUAAGCUUUGCUGGCGGAGGCGGGAUUUAUGACCUAUACUGCAGCCCGUCACAGAAGGUGCUGUUCUCGGGGUGGCUUCACCCAGCGAGGAGGCAGACUGCGUCCAUUCUAUAUACAGUCUAUGCUGUGAACACAAAUAACUUAUUUUACCUGGAAUAUUUCCUGCUAACUCCUCGGUAUCAUGUCAGGGGAAAGUCCAGGUGAGCUCAUGUAAGAGUGCAGCAGCAGCAAAACCUUUGACUGAUUUCCAGAGAGUACGAGGAGUGUUGACGUUCACUAUGAGGCCAGCGUUCUGCAUAGUUUUACUUCCUGGUUGAAAAUGCUGCUGGGGCACGAAUCGAUUAAAAGAUGGUCAGUGUUUCCUAAAUAUGAGUGUUUUCAGAUCAUAAACAGGAAAACGUUUGCUGCAAGAAUAAGCAGCACUUUUAAGGUCAGGUUAGAGGUCCUGAAAUGUUCUGGAAAUUUUCCAAAGGGCAUGUUUGAAAACAGAUUUAGCCCUGAGCAUUUAUUGGAGAGCUGAUGUAGAGACACUCCGACAGGAAAAUUGUCGUCUUUUCCCCUGGCUGUAGUCAGAACUCAAACUGCUGCGUUUUAGACCAGCUGUAGAGUCUUUAGACACGUAUUAGGGCAGCCUGUUAAAAGGUAACCAUCCUUACUCAUGUCUCUAAAGAAACACCAGAUUUCUCAGUACUUGAACCACAAGCUUACGUUAAAUCAUCUGUGAUAUAAACGAACAGAGUCACUAUGUUUCCUCAUCCUUAAACAGCAGUUUAAAAAACCUCUGUGGGUCUUGGAGAAACCUGCACAGUCUGGAAACAAUUUAGUGUGAGCCCCUUACAGUAAAUUCAGUCAUUUUAUCCUCUGUUAGUGUAAGAAUUAAUCCUGUAAGGUUCCUAAAUCAGUAUAUCUGGAAAAGAUGAUGGAUUUUGAGAUAAUGGAGGAAUAUGGAGGAGCUGUGGGAGGCUGCAGGACGAUUUAUGGAGGACAGAGUAAACCUGCACACACUGACAGACAGGAAACACACUCUGCAGACCUGAGAGCGUGUGUGUGUGUGUUUGUGUAUUUGUUUUAGAUGAAGCUGAAAUGUGAGAGGAGUUUUCCUGCACAACAUGAGCUUGUGUGCGAGUAUGUGUAUCGUGUAAAGUCAGAGUCAGGUUCAACUAUGCAGGAGCUUAAUGGAGGCAGCAGAGACAGUAAAUUUUGAUGUGAUUCACCGUUUUCCACUGAUGUAACUGAAAUCAUAAAUUUGCAUCAGUGAGAUCAAUCCACUCCAUGAUGAAACCACUUUACAACUGCAGUGGAUUUCACAUUAUCUUUUAUUUUAUCAGUUUAUCUGUUCAAGACAUCAGACUUUGAUGCUGAUAGUUCAGUUCCGACUGAUUCUGAUCACAUGAAAUCAAAAGUUCAACCACAGCCCCUUACAAACUUUUUAACCAGUAAAACAAACACAAAAGAGACAUUGGUAGAAGUGUUCGACAGAGAACUGGUCUUAGUUUUCACUUACAGAGUUUUAUUCGUGCAAGAAGGAGCAUUCACACAAAGUCAAGUCUGUAAGCAGGAUCUCAGAGGGCAGUCCUCUGUUUUAUUAGAUACGGGGCAUUGCCAGUUUAGAUGUGUCAUAUCCAAAGAACACAUGUCCCUCACUGCUCCCCAGCUGCAGCCAGUUACCUCUCACAAGUCCUGUUUCUCGGCCCUGACUCGCCAGAGUGGAGAUAGACGGAAACAGUGUGUCGCCCGGCAUAUGUUCACAUUACUUUUGAAUACAAGAGUACAUGUGAACAAUAAAACAGUGAAAUAGAUAGAUAAAAAGCACAAUAGGAUUUUCUCCAACAGCUAUUAUUACUCCUGUUUUUGGAGAUACACAUGCUGAAGGUUGUGGAAGUGAAGUUCACAUAACUCAGGGGUUUUCAGGGUCUUUUCAGGGUUUAAACUGGAGGUUAAUAUUAUCCUAAAAACCCUGAUGUUGGUACAAAACAACGUCAGGGUUGACGUCAACUAUAUAUCUGUUUAUACAGAGAAAUAAAUCCUCUUCAGAUCACCAACAAUGGGAGCUUGUAUGUCUUUACAGUGGAUUGUGUUCCUCCUGCUUUUGCUCUCAGUACAGACUGUUUUUCUUGUAGAGGCCAAACCUUGCUGACACCUUAUUGGUCAAUACUAUUACUAUUACUAAUACUAUUAAGAUCAAAUAUGAAUAUUUUAUUCAAAUUUCCAGUAAUAUUCAUUUGUUUUGAUUUUUAACCAACACAAGCUGAUUUUAAUUGUAGGUCUGUAAUUUUUCAUUGACAGUUUUUCAGAGUUUCUUGGUCAACAUGUGCUCUCCCAGAUAAUCAGUUUUUCUCUUGAUUAUGUUGAUUUUGAUGAAGACCUUCUGUCUCCUUCAUGGACUUUUCUCCUCAUCAAUGCAGCUGCCGGUGUGCAGACUGACCGGAGAAGAUGCUAAAAACUUGCAGAAAGAUAAAUAUGCAGCCUUGUCACUACAGGAAUCAGAUCUUGGUUACGUGAAAGUUUAGAAAAAACAUUCAGAGUCUGUUUGUCUCCUCUGUAGUAGAAGCUGAGAUUUCAUUUUCAGUUUUAGUCACCUGUUUUCAUCUAUAGCAGCGGGUUGACACAAGUUCUGAGCUCUUUGUCAAAGAAAAACAUUAAUAAAUAGGUUUUCAUUAAACAGAUUAAUAUGUCCUCAAUCACAGUCACAGGGGGAAAAGCACUGAUUUAAGAAGAGAGAGCAGAAGUACAUUUCAGAAAUCCAAAAAGAAAUGCUUUCUCUAUGGUAAAUGUUCCCACCUCUGAUUACAUAAGUCUGCGAAUAAGUAAAAUCUGUGUUUUAGUCAUUUUAGCCCUGAACAGUGUUGAUGAUGUUUCCUAUGAUGAGACAGACUCUCAGUGUUAAUGACAGCCGCGAUGAGACACAAACCAGACGCUUAGAUCAGAUGAUGUAACAUGGACGCGAGACAGGACAGACUAAAGUUUGCACGUCUCUUGCCCUCUCCUCUGUGUUUCUUUUAAGAGUCAGUCACUCAUUAAGGAGGGCUUUACCCUCACUCCCCCCGACCCAAAGAGUCAAUAAAUACUUUCCAAAUGUGCUGCUGAGUGGCAGAAUCACACUCACCAAGAGCAGAUUUAUGGCACCGCCAUAAAGGACCAACUCUUUGAUUUUACGUGCUGGUUGACCAAACUGAGCAUGUGCAGACAAGAGGACAGACCAAGUGGUACACCAGCUUCAAAUUCAUGUCCUCUGAGGUUGGAAGUCCAAACUCAGGAGAACCAGUGAAACCAGUAUGAGACACUUUAAACUGGGAGAACCUGAAUUCCUGCUGACAGCAGCAGCUCAGCGUGUUUCUGCUGGUUGCGCUCUGAAAGUGCUGAUCUUUACUUUGACUGAAUUAUCUGAACUCUCUGCUCCAAAGAUUUUUUUCAGAGGAAAAGAGUUUAUUUUUGUUUCUACAUCACUGAUAGUGAAUACAGCCAAAGAGUAGCAUUUUAUCUGAAUAAGAAAUCAAAACCAGAGAAGUUAACUCAGACCACACUGCCCCUGUUUAUUGUUGAGUAUGGUUUCUAUAUGACUUAUUGAGUGUGUAUACGGUGAGAUCAUUGACUGUGUAUAAAAAGUGGACGUAGCCAGAAUGAUGUCACCUAUUGGUUUGUGAACCUGUGGAAGUUUCUAGUGUAGCUUUUUGGCUCUAAAAAUCUUGUUUUUCAGAGUCAGAAAAGAUUCAUGUUGAGCGAGGAGGGUGAAGUUACUGAGGUAACCCUACAAACAGGCCGACUAGUAUCUUUGGUAACGAAUGAGCUUAAGACAAACUCUAAAGCUACCUGUCAGGAGAGAAUGAAAUACACAAAGUUUUUAAAAACAUCCACCUACUUGUAAGUCAGGCCUGUGACUCUAAAUAGACCAUCAUUUCCUAAAUCAACAUUAUGCUGUAUUGAAGAAGACUGUAAAACUUGAGGUUAAGUCCAUAAACUCAUCAGGAAAAUAUUCACUGAGGAAAUAUUUUCUCAAAGACUGAUAUAGACUCAGACUGAUUUUUAUAACCGAGUGUUAACCUUCAGAGUCUGUGAUAUUUCAUGGUUUCAUUUAUUCAAAUGUGAGGACGUGCACAUAUGGACCAUGAAGGAGUGAUGUUGUUGAGUCAAAAAAAAAUCAUGACCUUUCACUUCAUCUUCAGACGAUCUUAUUAGAUUUCAUCCCAGAGACUGAAGUUUAUCCUCCUUAAUGAAUGAGCUCACAUAUUAAAAUCCUACAGAGACAUCAGAGCCGACAGCAGAUUAUCAAAGAGCUGAGUGAGAUAAUGUCCCCGUAAACAUCCUCAAAAGUUUACCAGCUGGUCUUUUCUGAGCUGAAGCUGCAGAGAGUUCACGUCUUUACUCGUUUUUUUCUCUGAAUUAUUUUUCAUCAUUGGACUUCUGUGGCUGAUAUCUCUACAGUAACUGAAUGAUGAAUGUGUCUGUGUUUCAGGCUGUCACUGAAGAUCGAACCUGGGAACAGCUCCCCUCGCAUCGCCUCCUCCAAAGAAGACCUGGCAGGUAAGAAACACCUGAGGAAGAAGAGCCUCAAAAAUUCCCCCGAUGAUCUGACUUCAUCCAUAACUAGCAGCAUAUUUGAUCCAAAGUUCUUCCACCCAGUAGAUCUAAGGUGUGUUUUCUACAAAAGAGGCUAGAUUAGGGCCUAAUGAAGUGAAAGAAAAAUUAAAGGAAGGAGAUUAAAGUCAAAAUUAUGAGAUACAUUUUUUUAAAAUUAUGUCAAUGAAGUUGAAAUUUUGAGAUUAAAAAAAUUUAAAUUUUGAGAUUAAAGUCAAUGUAUAUAUCAUGUAUUUAUUGUAGUAUUUAGUGUAAUUUUGUUGACUUAUUACCUUUUUUUUUAUCUCUCUUUUAUUUACACUGCUGGUCCGAGAGGACUGUAAUUUCAUAUAUGCUGUAUGCUGUCGUAUAGCAUAUUUGACAAUGAAGAUGACUUUGACUUUGAUUAAAGUCGACAUGAAUAAAGUCGAAAUUUUGACUUUUUAAAAUUUUGACUUGAAUCUCGAAAUGGAAAUUAAAAAAAUCUCCCUCCUGUAAAUAUUUUUUCCUCUUCUUGUGGCCCUAAUCCUCUUUUGUAGUUUUCUCUACAGUUUAUGUGCAAUCAGUGAGUUAAUAGAGAGGGGAAUGGAGAGAGAGGGAUAGAUGAAUGGCUGAUGGAGAGAUGCAGAUAAAUAGAGAGAUGGAUCUCUCUCUCUCAAUUUUGUACUUUAAUUGAAGCGUUUAACGUCGUCACUCUUUAGAUCUAUGAACAGAGGGUCUGACUGAUAAAUAGAAACCGGGUGUUUCAGGAUUCAGUCCAUCAGAGAGAGGGACGCUCACACUCUGCAGCUCCCUGCAGGUGCUCUCAGUGAUCAUGGUUUGAUUGGUUUGGAGAGGACAGCAGCAGCACAGGGCUAACAGAGUCGGCUACACAAACACCCAAAGCAAACAUCCACGUCCUGUUUCUGCUCCAUCCUCCUCACCUCUCUGUGAUCCCUGAUGUCAUCCUGCAGGUGAGACAGACGAUGCUCCUCCUCAGGUUAUGAAGUGUUUAGACAACUCAGAGGACGCAGAUUUUCAAGGCUGACAUGAGGAUGUGUUUCAGAGGGUCACUUUGUUUUUGUUCUUGUGUGAUACUGGGAGUUUGGACGGGAGGGUGAAGUGAUGUAAGGUAGUCUGAGGAGGUUCAGAGCUGGAUGUGGGUCAGGGUGAUAACGAGAGACGACCCCCGGGCCAAACCAGAGACACCAUGAAACUCUGCAGCUGUCUGUGAGAGCAGAGAGCUACAUGUUAUGAGCAGGAUGGCUGUAAGAUGAAGUAAUGUCCAAGAUAUUAGCUGUGAAAUAAUCUCAGUAAUAACAUUGACAGAGAUACAUUUAAUGAAGUGCUUUAUCGUUUGUGUAAUAAUUCGAUUUGUCAUUAUCAGUUUCAGUUACUUCAUUGAACGGAAACAUUUAACACAAAAACAGAAAACAGAUGAAGUCAUAGUAAAUGUCCUGAGUAAAUCGAUAAGUUUGAGACUAUAGUACCCAUCAGCCAUCAUCUGAAAAGAUGGAGAACUUUUUUGUAAUACUGAUAUAUCCAGCAGUUAGCAAGAAACAACUUCCUGCAUUUAUAGUCCAGCCUGCAACUUGAAAAGCAUUUAUCUGAUUGUUGUGAGUCAAAGUUUAACUUUAUAACUGUUCAGUUUUAUUGAGACUUACUGUCCUUGCUUGUUCCCUGAGUCUCCGUAUAAAACUGUAUCUUGUUAAUCAGUUUUGCUAUAAAAGGGAAGCGUAUCAAUUAUCGGCCUCCUCUGAGUCUCAGCUUCACAAUAAAUAUUAAGUUACACAGAAUCUGGAUUACUCCAGCGGUAUGAACCCAGAAAACCAACUUUGAAUAAUGGGUCCUUAGUGGGUUUGUAUAAAUUAAAAUUAAUUGCACAAUAACAAAUUUUAAUGAAUUUGUUAUUAAGAGAUUGUUGUAAAAAGUAAUCCAGGCAUUUAGUUUUAAUAGCGACUGGUCAAACACAAAUAAUGUCAUGUUUUGAUGUUUUACCUACCUACUACUACCUAUAACUACUUGGUCAUUGCAUAAAUGUAGCUCCAAACUAAAGUCAAAGAUAUGUGGGUAUGAAUUUUUUUUUUUUUUUUAGUUUUGUAACUACAUGAAUUCUCUAACAGUCGGCACAGUUAGUUAAUGCAGUGAUAACAGAGGAGAGAUUUCAUGUAGUUUGGUCGGUACAGAUUUUGCAGUCAUAUACACAGAGUUAAUCCACAGCCGGGGGACAUUUGAGUCAAAGUUAUAUCCGUGUCAUAAACUAUCAGGAAACCUCACUUACUGGAGCUGAAUCCCCUUUUUAUGGAAAACUAUAAACUCUGAUCAGUCAUAAGCCGUUAGGAAAGUUCUCUUUUUUCAGACUUGAAAGUUCAGUGGUAAAAGUUUACUAAAAUGUCCUGUGGGCUCGGUAAAUGCUGCAGCUAAUCGCCGCCUGUCCUCAGGGACCAAACUCAUCAACGUGUUUCCAUACAGUCAUGUCUGCAGACUAGACCUCCUCAGGCUGGGAUCUAUUUGUAACAGCACUAUAGUGAAGCCUCCUCUCUCUCGCUCUCUAUGUUAUAGACACUUGAUUCAUUGUAAUGAUAUUUUCUGGUAUUUAUCUCCAUGUGCUGACAGAGUCAUUAGGUGUUUUCUGGAUCCAACUCUGCAGAAAAGAAAGACGAGUUCUGAUUUCACUUCAUUUUAAUUACAGACUCCCCUCUGGGUGCCAGGAGUGUUAUGAGCUGCAGUCUGUGUAAUACUCAGAGCAUCAGUGAGUCAUGACAGAGGAAGCAUGUGUGUGACUUAUUGCAUGGAAAUGUUUGGCUGCAGAGAGCGAGCAAACCUCAGGGGGACGUUUGGUUUGUGUCUCUGUGACAGCUCUUUGUUAUCCCAACAUAAAAAUACUUUACUCGUAAAGACGCACUAUAUUUACAAAGACGUACUUUAUCAUUACGACACAACAGCCUGUCCCAGAACCUUUCUUACAAUGAUAAAUUAUUAUGAGAUAAUCGCAGUGAUGAGGAGAAAUACGUGCUGUCAAGUGACGGUCCUUAAUUUUUUAAAGAGUACCUUAGAAAUCUUCCUUCUGCCAGCUGAAACUUCGUUUAGGUUGUUGUAGUGAAGUGAGGAGGUAUCAUCUGAACUUCAUGAAUUAGCUGUUCCUUCUUCAUGUUUCUAUGAGCAACAGGAAUGAAACAGAAACAGGAUAUCUGAGUCAGAGCUGAGCGUCAUGUUCGCUUUGUUUCUUGUGGUCAGUCAGGACACUUCAAUGAGAAACAGCGUCUUUAAGCAGAUGCUCACUUAGUUUGAAUGUUGUUAGGAUACAGAGUUAGUCAUUUAGAUCCAAGUUAUGUAAAAAUAGGACUUGUAAGCUUCGUGUAAGAGUUUCUUUUCAAAGAAUCGGGACUCCAGAAACUGCUGUGGCAGGUGAAGAACUAAUGGGAAUUAAUGGUCUUUGAAAAUCUGUUUUGCGUUACGAGUCCAGUUUCAGCUCUCAACUGACACAGUGUAAUCGCCUUGGCUUAAAUAAGACAUCAGUCAGUGAUAACCACGAAACAAUGCAUCAUGCUGUAAGAGCCUAUGUGGUGAAACAAUAGUCUGUGUAACGGAGAGGAUUCAAGGAUUACAUAAGGAGGAGAAACAGAGAAAGCAAGAGUAAAACUGCCUCAGUACAGUGAACUUUGUUAACAUCUAUAUAUCGGUGAUUUUAUUCUGCAGCAGUUUCCCCCUCCUGUUCAGGUCAGACUCUGACCUAAACUAUAGGGCACUGGUGCUAGUUCUCCUGGGGGACUCGCCAGUCUUGUCUACAUUUGUCUGCACCAUCAGAUAAGAUUUAGGCAGCCAAUCAGUAAAGAGAGUCAUUAUCACAGUAGCCCCGCCCACUCAGAUUACUGCAUUUGGAAUAUGGUCAGAAACUCAGAGGCAGCAGGUCCUCUGUGGUGAUUUUUGCAGACCGAUUCAAAACGUUUUUUGAGAGACGAUAACAGGUGCUCUUUCACAGCUGGAACUUUCACUGAGAACCAGGAACCUUUUGAGGGACUCACUGCAUUUCAGUAGCAAGUUCACGCUGUGGUUCCCAAAGGUUUAGGGACUGUGGGAGACAGGGCCUGCAACACUAAAUGGUUCUGAUUGGUUGAAUAGUCACAGUAGGUUUAUGUCACCUGCUGAGUUUAUGAGGCUGCAGCUGCAAACUUACUGCUUGUUUUCUCAUCAAGCUGACAGUGUUGAUUUUCAAUUCAAUAAUGCACCAUUAUUAAAAACAGUAAAGCUGAAUCGCCACCAUAAUAACACCAACCAAAGUGUUUACUGAAGGUUGUCAAACAUUGUCUUUUUUUUUGGUGUGCCUUAGUAAAUUUCCAAAAUCCCUUUGAGGAGUGAGAGAUCAGCAGAAAAUGAGAGUGAACUCAGACUAAAAAUAGUCCUGCUGAUGUAAAAUGUGAACUUUGAGGUAUUUUUCCAUCUUGUCUUUUGUUUACUGGUGUGUCUUCAGAAAUCAAAGGGACACCUGUUUUAAAUGAGCUGCUUCUGGGGCUGUGUUUUCUGCAGGACUGUCCCAUCAUCUCCACAGAGAGAGUGUUCCUCCUCCUACUGGUCAGAGCAUCAGUCAGGGUUAUGUAACAUGGCAGGAAAAUCCUGCUCUGGCUGUAACCAGCAGCCUGCGGGCUCUCUCAGUAUAAACAAGUGUCAUUCAGUCACCGAGGAAUCUGCUGCUCUCACUCUCUCCAUGUUCAAACACAGACAUGAUGGCACGGUGCACGGAACAUGUGCACAGACAAAAACAAGAGCAAGCCAUGUGAUCUGCUGAAUUCAUCACCUCAUACAUCAGUGUGUGUGUGAGCAUGAAGCCGCUGGAUGCGACUGUGAUCGUCCUCAGUAUCUUAUUAAAAUCAUCAUGUUUCAUAAAUCCUCUGUUUGUGGUGAUGGAGCUUCUCGUGACUCUCUGACCACAGGCUGUUUAAUUCAUUCAGGCUGUUUGUGUUUGAGCGGCACUUCAAGUAGCUGAGUAAGCACACGUGUACACAAGCUAAAAUCCGUCACCUGGAGUCUGACUUUUUCAAAGAUGGUUUGAACAUGCUGCUCCAAAACUGAGGAGGUCGACUUAUGUAAAUGAAGGAAAAUGAACAAAUAUGAGCGCGGCCAAAAAAAGAUGUGUUACAGGAGUAAAAGAUGUUAUUUAAUAUGUUUGAGUCAGAAUUUACUUUCCACCUAAGACAGAUGUUGCAUCUACGUCUUGUGAUUUUUAGAGUGCCAAAAUUUUAUAAACUUUGUUUGCUUUGGUUCAACAACAAGCCGUUUAACUUUUUCCAUAGAGCAGAGAAGAUGUGUAUCAUCAGCGUAGAGUAUAAAAGUUUGGCUCCGAGAAAUGAGCUCUAUGAAACCUCACUGGCAACUGUUUGCAAUUAUGAUAGAGAGUAUUGAUAACAGUCAGUGAAGUAAAAAAUGAUUAUGAUAAUCUUCUGAGUCUGUAUGUUUGUGAAAUCCAAAAACUAUGAAGCUGGCUGCUGUACUCACUUUUACCCAUCAUCUAGUCAGACAUGAUUUCCUCUGCAGCAGGAACUACACACUGCUGUAAAGGAUAGUACAAGUUGCCCAGAAGCCUCAAUUUGACAGAAAAACAGGGACUCAGUAGAGGUAGCCUUAUAUAACGAUAUGUUUGUGAUUUUUUUUAAAUCUGAAGUUGCUUUUUGGUGUCAAAUUAAACUUCGAAUCAGCUCCAAAAGCUUUAGGAAGGCUGCGACAGCUAGCAAGCAUGUUGGUUAAAUUGACCUACACAUUAUCUGUAUAAUAACGUAUACUGCAGCCAGCCAUUAGGGGGAGCUGUAGGUGGUUUGGCUUCACUUUUGGGGAGCUGGCAUGUUGUCUAUGUUCCUGUUGAGAAAUGAUUCCUACUGUGUUCCCAGUUUGUGAUUUUGGCCUACCACAAUUUAAUGUCCAUGUUUAUUCCUUCAAUUAUGGUUUGAGAAACAGGGAUUAUAUUCCAUUUAGAGACUUUGAGCCCCAUCGCUGUUUGGCAAACAGGUUUAAAUCUAUCCUCUGUGAAUUGAAAAGGUUUGCACCUUUUCUGAGUAUUUUUGCAUCCAGUUUUGGCACCAUAAGGCUGAGUGUGCAGUUUUCUUGAAAUAAAACAUUGCAGCGUGUUUACGAGUAAAUAGUGGAGGCACAUUAGGACAGACUAUAGCCCAGAGGGAGCACAUUAAGCUGCCACUUUACAUGGAUUCCUUUAUUUCACACUCCACCACACUAUUUUUCAUGAUUACUUAAUUGUAAAUGAGUAAAUAUUUUCCUCAUGUUUUCAGGAAAGAUUCUGAUUUAAACAAACUCCUGACGUCAUGAGCUGGAAGAUCCUGAGUGCGUUUCCUCCUCCAAAACCAGCAGACAGCACAAUCACAACCAGCUGUGUGUGUGCGUGAGUGUGUGUGUCCUCCAAAGCAGCAGUUCGCACUUUUCACGAGGCUCUGAGGGCCCGUAGAAAUUAAUAUACCAAAUUAACUUUAUAAAAGAGACCAGUAUGUCCUGCUGGAGUUGAAGUGAUCCGGUCUGGAUGAUUGAUUGAUCCUUGGAGGGUUCCUCAGAGAGUGACUCAAAUGUUCCAACAAGCUUGUGACAAAAACUGCAUACAUUCAAAACAGCCCUGCGUGGUUCUACAGCCCAGCAAGGUCCAACACGGUCUAACAUAGAGCAGCAAGAACUACGCUAACUUGUCAGUCCUGCACGGUCUAGCCACAUCAUUUUGUUUUAACACCAGCCAGGUCUAUCACAGUUCAGCAAGCUCAUUAAGACUGAACAGGGUUCGUUACAAUUAAAGAGGUCUAAGAGAGUCCAGCUCUUUUUAACAAGGUCUACCACACUCAAGCAAAGUCCAGCAGGGUUGAAGAUAUCAACCACAGGCAAGCAAUGUCUUACUCAGUCCAACUGAAUCCAGCAAGGGCUGUCAAAGUCCGGGGUCGAGGAAAAGUCCAGUAUUGUCUAUCAACUUUUACUCAGUUUACUUAAGUCCAGAAAGAUCUCAAGUAGCCCUAUGAUUCAGCAAGGUCGAACAAGAUUAUGAACUGUCCGGCAAGGUCAAAUGAUUCCACUAUAAUGCAGUGAGAUGGCCUUUUAAGUCAAGUCACAGUCACAUUUUCUGUACAAUCCAACAAACCCUAGCAAGGUCUUGUACAGUCCGGCUUAGCUCAGUAUGAUCAGAUCAGAUAUGAUCAUACCUCAAUACAUUCAGGAAGGUCAAUAAAGAUUCAGCUCUGUCCACUGAGGUCAAACAAGAUCAACUCGAUCCUCCUCGGUCUGAUCAAGGUGAUCAAGGUCAACAAUUUUACAAAUGGGCCAGCAAUCAAUUAAUCAAUCAACUUUAUUUCUAUAGCACAUUUAAAAGAACCACGUGGGUAGCCAAAGUGCUGUACAUUGUGACAUAAAACAAAUAAAACACGCAAAGAAUCAAGAUAGAGCGAGCAAAAAUACAUAAAUGCAAUAAAUAAAUAAAUAUAUAAGCAGGCUCACGGCAAGAUCUAAUAUGGUCAAGUCUGGAGAAGCAAGGACUAAAAAGGCCUUCAUAGUUUAGUACAGUCCACCCACAACCACAGUUAUUACAGUCCAGCAUGGUUGAAGUGAUUCAGCAAAAUCAUGCAAGCUCUAAAACAGUCCAAGUAAGCUCAUUAAGGUCUAAAACACUUGAGGUCAGUCCUCAAAGUCUGGCAGUCAAGCACAACCUCUCAGUUGUCUCGUUUUUCCAAUACAAAGAUUUUCCAUGAGCCGGCAUACAGGAGGAAAAAAUCAUGAUGAUCAGAUUAUCAGGAUGAAAGUCGACAAUGAGUUUUAAAAAUAUUCUCUUUCCAGUUUUUAGCUUCUGUUUUUUUUUCAAACCUUCAAGCUGAUCCAGUUUGAGCAGUUUCACAGCAGUCAGUAGUGAUCAUGUGUUUGCUGUCUUCCAGGUCUGUCGGAGGUUUCGGUCUCUAUGAGGUACAACAGAAGGCCCACCUGCCCCGAUGCCUCCGUGGGAGUCCACAUUCCCACCCCGCCCCCCUCCCACCACAGGAAGAGUCACAGUCUGGGAAACAAGUGAGUGUGAUUGGCCUUUGUCCUUAAGAACAUUCAAAAGUUUUUUACCAUGAAGACAUCUGGCUGAAAAAUUAACUUUUGUGAUAAGAAACAACAAAAUGUGACUGACCUUUACUUCAGCAGGAAAAUAGCUACAGUUUCCACGCAUCAAUUUCAGCAUUUCAUCUCAUUUCUGUAUUUUAUGCCUAAAAACUUGAAAAACAGAACAUGAUGGGAAAACAGCUGGAUGUCUAAAUAAUUGCAACUGAUUGUAUUGUUGUAGAAAAGCUACAUCCAUGGUCAAAACAUGACUUUAUGUAACUAACAGCUGCAGUGCUCAGGCUGGCCAGGCAAAGUAAAGCCAAGAAACUAAUAGCAGCAGAGAUGGAGAAAUAUUUGGAGGCUCUACUUGAGUAAAAUUACAGAAAAACACAGUGUGAGUUUGCUUAGGUUGAAGGUCUGACAUUUACUUAUUUUAUGCGCCAAAAAGGAACACAAACCACUAUUACUAUUCAACCCCAACAAAAUAAAAUGCAUGAAAAGGACAUCCCACAAAAGCCUCCAGUGGCUUUUAGUAGAGGGCCCACUACAAAACACUACAGCGGCAAACACUUUGUUUGUCGCAUGUUAUUGAAGUCUAACAUCAUUACUAACAUCACAAAGCACAUCCAGGCCCAAAAGAUACGACUAAAGCAGGAGCAUAAAAGUCAGCGAACACACUCAUGAGAGGAGAGCAACUGACUACAGAACAGCUGGUUAUUUUAAAAUGCAGAGGCUUGAUUCAAGUAAUAUCAGUUCAUUAUAUGAUAACAAGAGCGGCUUCAUUUGGUUUUUCUUUGAGGUUCAAAAGAGAUAUUUUUAUGUCGUCUCUGAGCUCAUGCUUUGUCUGUGGUCCUCUGCACGGAACACUCAGACUGAGGCUUUUAAGCCUGCAUUUUUCCUCCAUAAUUAGACGUGUUAUCUUUGUGCAGAGGAUGGCAGAUUGGAAUUAGAGCCCAUAAACUGCAGUUUAUUUGAUUAAUAAACUGAUUCACUGCACAUACACUGCAUGAUGCUAAAUAUUGAACUCAGGGAAACCAUAGCUGCAGAAAAAAAGGUGGAUCACUUUCUUUUGCAGAGCCUGUGGUUUUGUCUGUCACAACAUAUCCACUCGCACAUGAAUGUUGUGAAACUGAAAUUAGAGAGUUUGUUAUGUAGACUAGGUGUGCACUUUCACAAACUCACAGCUAAAUGUUUCCUGAGGUUUAAUUGGACUAUAGCGUGAUAGAAGCAAGUUAGUAUCAUCAACACACCGCAUUUAAUCAAAAACACCGGAAGAAUUUGUAAAAUCAUCUAAAUAUGUAUUUGAAAUUAUAACACUGCAGCUGGAGGGAAAUCAUAUUCAGACUAUGUGUUUUACUGUUUGGUAUUUGUUUUAAUCUUUCAGAUGAAGUGACUCCACAUUCAGGUUUUACUGAUUUAUUUAGAGAUCGAUAUCAGCCAGUGUCUCUGAGCUGUAAGGAUGAAGUCCUCCUCCUCCUCUUUCUGGAUGUUCUCCUGUCUUACUGUUAUAUUGUGUCCACAGUAUGAUGUGUCAGUACGGCAUGUCCGAGAGCAGGAGCGCCACCUUUCCCAUAGAGAAAGCACGCCACCUGCUGGACGACAGCUUCUUGGAGUCUCAGAGUCCAGCCAGAAACGACCCUCAGAGCACAUCUGUGUCCAACGGACUGUCAUUAGGUCUGGAUUUAUACCCUCAGAAAAGACUAAUCUGCUCCUACUCUGAGUAUAUUUACAAAGUCGUCAUUUGUCACAAACUUGACUCUCAAAAAGGGUUUCUGUUUUCCCUCCACUACAGGCAGCAGUGAGAGCUCUUUUGGGGAGGAGUUAUCACCUGGGAUGGAGAGGUGAGAGCCAAUCAUCACGCACUAAAUCACCUUUAUCAAAACCUCACAAAUGAUCAAUCAAUCCUUAAAUGAUCAGUUUACUUUUAAAUGACUGAUAAACAGUCUCCAGUAUUCACAGAUAAAACUUUUCUGCUACAUUAAGAGACAAACUGCUCUUUUGAUUUUCUUAUUGUCCAAAAAUCCCACAAUAAUUUUGUAAAUACUGUCUUCCUGUCGCUGACCAUGAGCCCUGAGCCCGCUGGUUCCUGUUUAAGACAUUUAAAAACAAAGUGUAGAUUUACAGAUUUAUUUUUCAAAGAACAGCAAAUGUUUGUCAAAAGUUCCAGAUCUAUUUAAGACAAAGACAGACAUUAAGUUGAAACGGGGAUAACCCAAAUCAUACUGCAAUGCACUGCAAUGCACUGCAAAGUGACAUUAAACACUUUUUUAAAACUUUAAACUGUAAAUAAAUCAUAUCACUGCAUUUAGCAGCACUUAAGAUUAAACCUAUGAAGGGAACUGUGUGUAAAGGACAUCAGAUGUUCGGGGUUGAGUGUUUUCAGAAUAGUGGCGCACUUCUGCACCUUGUGGCUGGAAAGAGUAUUACAAUAACAAAAGAACAGGGACCCUAAGUGAUAGGAAGGGAAGUAUAUAUCUAAUAUAUUUUAUAGUAUGAUGUAAUAUGAUAUAAUAUAAUAUAAUAUAAUAUAAUAUAAUAUAAUAUAAUAUAAUUUGGGAAAUCUCUGCACAGUGAGAAUGUAACUUUGUUUGAUUCUGACUUUGUUUCUCAUAGCAUGACCACUUCAUUUUCUUAUGACUUAAUAUUGUAACAAAACUACUUUAUUUUCAAAAUCUUCAUUAAACGUACUUGAUGUGGCCUUGACAGGCUGUAGCAGAAAAGAGCGUCAGUGUUUUUAUCUUGUUUUAUUUUAAAUUAAAAGGUAGAUUAUGAAUCCGCUGAAUGGAUUGUAUUUGAUUUUUCCUCUCAGUGCUUCUGUUGCUGCUCUAAUAUGCAGAGUAACUGAACAUAUUUCGUGGGAUUUUAUGACAAUAAGAAAAAAGCUUCUCAGAGUUUUAUUUGAUUUUUUCACACUGGUGUCAGCAGUUUGUAUCUGUGCCUGCAGCAUAUUCAUUCACAGUGAUAUUAAUGUGUUUAAAUGUUGCUAACUUCCUGUAUUUCGCUGUAUAUCUGUGUUUGUUCCUGCAAGAAGACAGAGAAACAUGUUUGAUACAGAUUUAUGAGAGGCAGAUAAAAACAGAUUGUUAAGAGCAAAAUCCAGUAUGAUUGGUAAAUCUGGUCCCAUGGGACACAGCGAACACUGAAGCCGUCAGACUGACUGUAACAUGUGUGACAAACAGGGGCCGCAUGUACGCCACUUUGGGCCCCAACUGGAGGGUCCCUCUGCGAAACUCGCCACGGAGCCGCAGCUAUGUUUACAGGUACAGUCAGAGAAGGAGCCGGAGGAGCUCUGAAUACGAGCGAACUCACCUAAACUCUGACACUGAUGUGUUUCUCACCUCAUCCUCUCACUGCAUGCUGCUGCAAGUUCAGGGUCAGAGGUCAUCUCAGACUGGGGGCUCUUUACUUCACUGACAGACUGAAUAUCAUCACAACAGGAACUCCUACACCUCUGAGUUUAUGUUCCUAAAACUGUUUAAGCAGAAAUGAAACAAAAAUCGAGAGCUUUGUUUUAUCAAGUUUUAAAUGGGACUGUUUUUUAGACAGAGUAUGUUGCACUCUUGCUUUUAAGGAUUUUUUAUGCCUUUGUUUUAAAAGGACAAGGCAGCUGACAGAGCAGGAAACCAAGAGAGAGCAGGGAGUGAAAGCCAGAUAAAGAGAAUCAAGACAUUUUUUCUGUUUAUUUAUUUCUUAAUCCAAGACUUCUUCAAAAUGGGUGCAGACUCAUACUGAACCAUCUCAGUGCUGCCUUUAUGGUUUGGUGCAAAACUCCGCCCUCCUGUGUUUUAGUGGUAAAUAGAUGAUGUCUCCAGAGUCCAGCACAAAAAGUCCUUUUCUUUACCGAUGGAUAGAAACCAGAGAAUCUAGCUGUAGCUCUGGAGGAGAGGCUGAUUUGAUCAGAUAGCUAAUGAACUAGACUUGACACUUUGUCAGGCAUUAUCCCACCUUUACUAAGGCCACUUGAUUUAAUCGACUGAUGAUUUAUAUUUGAAUAUCAGGGUUAAAGUUUUUAACAAUCAACAACUCUGUUUUAAUAGCUACACCUGAAAGCUUGACUAAUAACUGGAAUAACCAUUACAGUGCAGCAGGAUUUGUAGGUAAUGAAACAUAACUCAAUCGAGAAGAGGAAGCAACCUGUAAUAAAUGAGGUCAGUCAGCUGUUAGCCAGAGAGCUAAUUUUCAGUGGAUAUAUAGUUAAUAUGAUUCACCUGCAGGAAUAAAUUUCUAAAGUCUCAGAGUUGCUGACUGUUGCCAUGGUUACUCAUCUUAAACACUGGCUACAGCAUGAUUACCAUGAUACAACAUGACUUAAUGUGCAGUUACUGUAUUACUGUGAGCAAGGAAAGGUCAGCAGCAGCAGCUUCCUUCUUAGUCUUUUACAGAACUGCCUAGCUGUGCACCAAGACUGUGAGCAAAGAGAAAAGCUAACUGCAAACACCUUUGGAAGAAAAAUGCGUUUUUGUUGUUGUUAGAAUUGCUCUCUGCUGUAGCGUCACUUUGAUGACUUUUUAUCUCAAAUUGAAAGUAUAAGAAUUAUCUUUUACACGUCCAGUUUGUCAGGGCAGGACCACAGUGGGAAAACAGUAAAUACAUGGUGCUAGGGUCACUUUACUCUCAGCAGAAACUCUCACAGAAAUCACAGGGUAAACGUCUGUCAUUGAUGAAAGUUUGUGAUUAUUGAAAAUAGGAGAUCAGAUCAGCUCAUUGUGUCUCAGCUGCACAGGUGUGUGCUUUCUGUCCUUCUGUCUCCUUCAUGUACCUGCCAGGUAAACUCAGUGUCAUCCUGCAUGCUGCCUCUUUAUUAAGCAGAUUUUCUGGCUUCGUCUCCGUUGUGUGCACUCUUUCCACUCGCUUCCUGCAUUUUUCCUACUAAAACUCCUAAUAAUCAUCUCUGCUCACUGCUGAGGAAAUUUUUACUCCUGUCAUGAAAAAUUUCUCCUGUCAGCCUGAAUAUUACCAACACCAACGACUAUUCAAUUUGGUUUAUGCACAGAUAAGAAGAAACAAACCAGAUUGCAUGUGUUCAAGUGGUGAUGGUUGACAUGUAAACACCGCAGAGUCCUCACUGUCCUCCUCAGAGGUCAUCAGAAAGCCUUAAACUUUCUCAACUCUGUGGAGAUGGAUUUUUUAUUUUCACUUUAACAUAUCUGACAUUUCCUCCUGUAGCUCCUCUGCUGCCACCUCGUGUUACGGCUGCAGCGAGGCGGGCAGCGUGAUCAUCGAAGGACCUCUGAGGAGGAAGACGUUGCUCAAGGAGGGGCGGAAACCUCGGGUGAGAUGAUUUGUAACCAGCGCUGUGACUCUAUCAUGUGAGCUGCUUAUUGGUUUACUCAAAUUUAGUGACACGUCUCUGUCUCCACCCUCAGCUGUCCUCCUGGACCAGGUUCUGGAUCGCUUUGUCUGGAUCCACGCUGACCUUCUAUGGAGCCAAAGCCCUAAGAGCGUCUGAGAGGAAACAUGUGAGUCUGGAGCUAUAAAAUAUGAAACUUUUUGAAAGUAUUAAAUAUUUGGAAACUGGGAAAAUCUUCACAGUCAUGACUUUAUUGACAGAAUUUACAUAGUUUGAUCAUUUCUGCUAUUUUUCUCCACUUCCAGUCAAAUACCUAUUAUACAGAUUUUCCCCUUCCAUUCUGUCAAAGGAGUAGCUUUACAAGAAACUCUCCAUGAAUCCUAUUAUCUUUGUGGAAAAAUCUCACUUCAGCUCUAUUUAGCCUCUGCCUGACACGCUCCUCUUGACCUCUUUGAUACUUAGAGUAAAACACAGCUUGGGGUGUUACUAUUUACACAGCUUUAUAGUUGCUUAAACAACCUGUCAGUUUUCACCUUUGUGGAAAUGUCUGAGGCUAGCCGUUAGUGUCCAUGAUAGCUUCCCAUUCUUCAUCAUCUAUCGUCCCAUUCUGUGCUGUUGAUAUGUGUCUUUCAGUUUGUGGUUCUGAGCUUCAUUAAGGUAUUUCUAGAUGAACAGCUUCAGGUUUCAGUGACAGCUGAGCCUCAAAUCCAGCUCAUACUGGUCUUUGUUUACAAAAGACUCAUUAGUGAAAUGGUGAGCACAAACAGUUACGUUGUGGCUGUUGUUGUCCUGAAAACAUCCAAACUUCCUGCUGUUUUCUGGAGCCUUUGUCUUUGGGGAGAGAAAAGAGCUGAGACUUUCCUUCAGGAUCAAAAGAGGUCUGAGAGAAACUUUGAGACUGGCUGAACCAACAAAAAGCAAAAAGGGGAGGAAGACUGGCAGGGAAAUGGACUUUAGAGGAGAGAGGAUUUAAAGAGCUGCAGGGUGGGCAUGUCCUUCUGCACUGACCUGAUAGGGCAGCCAAGUCUCUUGAAGUUCUUGAUAGAAGGCAUUCAGAGAAAGCACAAUAUAAAAAAACCCUGAAACACACGGUCAAUUCAGCAGUUUUUAUAAAUUACAAACAUAGUGAGAUUUCGGCACCUCAGCUUCAUCUCUGAGGAACACACCUGUAAAAUGUCAGUAUAUUGGCACCACCACAUUGUGAAUCAAACCCACUCUGUCUCUGUCUCUGUCCCAGUAUAAGUCCAGUCCCUGUAAGAAGGUGUGUGUGACCGGCUGGAUGGUGGUGUUGCCCGACGACCCCGCCAGACCCAACAUUUUCCAGCUCAACGACCCGGAUAAAGGUGAGGCGCAUGCACACACACUCACACACACACACACACACACACACACUCACACCCACAAACAAACAUGUCACUGAGGUGUGUCCCCUCUCCUCAGGUAAUGUUUACAAGUUCCAGACUGGAUCCAGGUUCUCAGCCAUCAUCUGGCACAAAAACCUGGAGGAGGCGUGUCGGAGCAGCAGACCUCAGGUAAACUCCGACACUCAGCUGAUCCUGCUGCAGGGACAGAGUUAGAGACAAACAGGCCUAGAGUAGAUCAUCGGAUUGAUCUUUUGUCCAUGUGUAUGACCUGACCGUAAGAAGACUCCGUCUCCAGAUGUCCCAUCGUGAUCAGUGGAAAUGUUUCUGUCUUGUGUAGUUUUUCAUAAAUAACCUGAAUCAGUUCCUCACCCUCAGUUCUGCUCUACAACAUCAAAAAUUAGCCAUGAGACAAUUUAAAGCAGAGGAGUUUUCAGUUUUAAAGGAGAAAUGAAGUACCUGAUCUUUGCUUUGUUUGGCACGACCCAGUCUUUGAUACAAAUACAGCAUUUAAGGUAGAAUUAGAGGUGUUCUCCUUGAUAUCUGCUGCAGCUGAUGAGGGUUUUCCAAGUGCAGCAGCUCAAAAAACUUCCAUCAUGAAAAGCAAAUUCAGAAAAGAUGCAAAAUCUCAUACAAAAGUCCAAGACAAAUGCAACAACAGAUAUGUUCUGCAAACAAAAGCUCAUGCUUUAAAAAGCUGACAGUCUUGCACUGCUCAGCUAGACCUGCAUCACUUUCUCUUUUGCACAUUUUUUGUGUUUGCAUGUUUCUGAUUUUGCAUGGUAUGAAGUUUUGCAGCAUGUUUGCAGUUAUUGCACUUAUUUUGUUUUUUGUAGGAUGAUUUUCAUUUGCAGAAUGUUUUCAUUGUUGCAUUUAUUUUGGACUUCUGGAUUUUACAUUUGCUGUCUCUUUCUCCUUGUGUAAUUUGUUUAGUCAUUGACAGCUACUGUUGGCUACUGUAGGGAUCAGAUCUUAAAAAUAUUGAUAUAUUGUGAUAAUGAACUUGGAAAUUGAUUUUCCACUCCUGUGUUUUAUUUUUCUGACUUUACAGUAAGAGUUUUAUCUCUCUAUUACUGGCAUUUUGAGCUGUAAGAAAGGGGUCUGAUUGUCUACAGUGAAUUCAUGUUUUGCUUCAUUUGCAGAUACCAGCCAACCUCAUGUCAUUUGAAUGAGAGCAGACUAAAAAAGCGGGAUGUUAACGUGCCAAACCCUGAUAGUUUGUGAAGUAUUGACUGAAUGAUUGAACACAAAGGAAACGAGAAAUCUCUUUCAAACUGGAAACAAGACUGUAAACACCACUGGACCUGCAGCCCUCUUCAGCAGGAUGAAGUGUAAAUCCUAAAAACUCUGCUCGGAUGAAGGUUUCGUGUCUUUGUUCACUUUUAUUCUCUAUCGCUGCUAAAAACACGUGAACACACAUCGGAGGAUUUCUCGGCCCACGUUGGGUUUUUGCUCCACCGGAGAGAAGAAAGAGUCAGUGCUCAAAUCUGGACACAGUGUUAAAUUUCCUUGGCGGACAUGUUUAAAGACAACGAAGGUCUGUUUGUGGUUGAAAUCUGUAAAUCUGCUGCUGCAGCGUUUUCUGAGCAGUGAAGACAGUGACAACAGCUGAGGGAGUGAACUUUGACCUGAUGUGAAAAUAAAACAAAGAGGAAAAUCUGAUCCUGUUCGAAGGCCUCCUUAACGUCAUUUCUGAUCAGAUCUGCAGCAGGAAGGAGCAUCAGUGGGACUCUAACCCUUCAGCCCUGUGACUCACAGCUGGACUGAGAUUUUUUCUUUUUUUUUUUUCAAAAUAAAAGCACCUGAUGUUGUACAGUAACAACACAGACUGAUGGAGAUGACUCUCAGAGCUGUUCAGCUCACCUGCCCCGCCCCCACUACCUCAGCUGGUAGUCGUCCUGUACAGCAGUUUGUUCAUGUAGAAACCAGUUUACAGAUAAAGUUUAAUUUCGAUCAGACUCGUAGGAGGUUAACUCUAAUCGACGAGCAGACUGCAGCUGUCCUCGCUCUGCUCCGUCAAACAGCUGCUGCUCUGAAGCUCAAGUCCUACCUGUCUGUUUGUGUGUAAAUACUGUAUUUAUUUGUAAAAGAGUUUAUUUUUUAACCAGUUGGCCAUAAAAAAAGGGAAGGUAGAGAGGAUCCUCUUUAAAUCACCUGCUGCUGAAGAAGCUGCUCCUCAGACUGAUGGUGGAAGACACCCUAAAACUUAAACUGAAGGACUGUGGAUGAAGAAGACUCCAUCAGUAUCUCUACUCUGAAUUAUUUGCUUUAAAAGCUAAAUGUUCUGUUCAAGUAAACGGAUGAUUCCGCUUUAUUACAGCUCUUUUAUUGGACUUUGUAUUUUGUAGGUUUGGUGAUGAGUUUUCCAAGUAAAAAAAAAAGUGUUGUUCUCAAAGAUUAUCAGUGAGAUCUGGGAACACUGGAACAACAUAAGACUUCAGAUAUCUCUGAGUUCACUCAUUUCGCAUUCAGAGAAAAGUGCUACAAGAAAGAGCAUAAAAUUGGCAAAAUAAUAACAACAAACAACAGCUGAUUUUGGAACAAUUGGAUUAAAAACACACCACAGCAUUUAGCAGGAAGAGGAGAAAGUCGCUUCGUAAAGAUUCAGUGCUCUGUGGUGCCCUCUGGUGGUUAGAGAGGGUACGUUAUAGCCAUUAACAAAAGGAAAGAAAAGAGUGUUGUAGUGUGCACCGUAUAAAGAGACUACAGAGCUAUCACAGGGAGGAGAGACAGACUUUAGUAAAACAAAAAUAAAUGUUCAGACAAACAACAUUAACUUUUAGACUCGUACCUUAUGUGUCAGAUGUUCCCAGAUCUCUCUAAAGCCAAAGCUCUACAAAAUAAGACCGCGCUGUAAUAAAGUGGAUUUAUGAUCCUAUAUGGGAGUAGAAAUUUAAGUUGUAGUAGUAGAUGGUCAUAUUUAAGUAGGAAGUCCUUUUUCUAUUGUUGUAACUUUUGGUUAGUGUAUUUUAUGAAAUCAGUCGUGACGCUGGAAGAAAAUCUAGAAAACAGGCAUGAAAACACAUGAUGAGAGAAAUCUAUUAAUUUAAUAUUCUCUGUUCUGUUUUCAGAAAUAUUCAUGUAUUAUUCUGAACUUAAACUUUGUAAUGAGGAUGUCUUCAUAAAGUCCAUUGUUUCUCCAGUAUUAAUGUCUGUCUUUAGAUAAAUACAGUCAUGAAGACUUGCUAAACCAUAACUCCAGGGGAAUAAAGAGGGGAUCAUCCAAGUGAAAGUUCAUGUUUUAAAAAAUAUAACAUCACACUUUAACAAUCUGUAAAUCAUGCUGUUUUUAUUGUUUUCCAGAUUGGAUUUAAAGUCAAUGAAAAAACUAAAACUGGUUUGGGAAUCCAGAGAAUAUUAGAUCCUGCUGGACUGGUCUAAUUUGAAUAUGUGGCAGCAGGGAAUGCUAAAGGAAUGCUCACAAUAUUUGAAGUUCUUUAAAGGUCCUGUGAGGAGAUUUUAUCUGGUUAUAAAACAGAUUGAAACGAACUGUGAUGGAUUUUUAUAACCUACAAAAGCAAAUGAGACCAUUGAUGACAGAAGUGAUCAUUUCUGUUUUGUAGGUUUUAUCCCCUUGAGUUGCUGUGUCAGGGUUGGUGUUUGUUUACAUUUUUCCAACACACAUGUUCACAGUGAGUUUGGCUGUUAAAGACAUAUAAACAUCUUAAAGGUACAAAUAAAGGUUUACAGUAGAUGAGAGGUAUCACUUUGGCCACAGGGGGCGCCAAAAUCAACACGAUCAGAAGGUUCCUCACAGGAGCUUUAAGAAAUAUUUAAGAAUCUAUCCAAUAAAUAGUUCUGAUAGGUUUAGUUAAAGUCACACUAGCUAUGUGUUUCAGUCUGUUUUAUACUUAAGACCAGACUGAAAAAUUACAUGUGACAUAUCGGUCUUUUUGGAACCGCUAAAUCAUUACCAAAGUCAUGUUAGGACACUUUACAGAAAGAGCCAGUCUCCAAUGUAACCUUUGUUCUAUUUUCUAAUCGACACCAAACAUAGUGUGAGGAAGUCUCUGGCAAAUGUGAUCAAAUUUGACCUUCAGACCUUCAUUUUUCUCUCAGGGUGAAUCAAUCGAACUCUGACUUUCAUGCUAAAACCAUGACUAACUCAGAUCUCACUUGUAAACACAGUUAAAGCACCUGUGAGGAGUUUUGAAGAUCUGAAACGCUUUGCCAAAAUUUGCUUUAAUGUAUAAAACUGGACUCUAUAUUUUAAUCUGAAGUGUGCUGCCACAGUUUUCAUAAACUCAUACUGUGCCCCAAAAAUGUAUAAUGUGAGGGUUUAAUGGAUCUUGUGUAGCUGAUUAAUCAAAAGAAAAAAAAAACUGUAUGGGAGAGACAGAUCGGUUAUUGAAGUGAACUGUGGGUUUAAAAUGCAGAUUAUCUCCCCCAGUGUGUAAAAACAUCAGCUCUAUAACUCAGCAGGAAGUUUGCCAAAUGAAGCCAUGAAUGGAUGAGAAGAAGUUUGACUCCCAGAAUCAGUUUUCAUUUAUAUCAGUGUUUUUUGUUUUUCUAUGAGCGUUUAUCCAAAAACAUUUGAUCCAAACGGAGUGUUUCUUUGAGUUUUUUAAAUUCCUGUGAAGUCAGAUUUGAACAUGUUUCAGUUUAUCCUCUGAGCUGAAAUUCAGAGUGUUGUGGGGACAUUGCAUGUAUUUUUGUGUGAACUUUUUAGUGUUGUAACUGUGAAACAGAUCACUGAGUCGUGAUGAUCAGUCUGUGAUUAUUUUGCUAACUUAUUUCUUACCAUGGCAUCGCUACACAGCGCUGUAUUUUUCAGCUUCAGACUCUAACCGUUGGGAAUAAAACUUCUGUACAGAAACUUUCUGACUCAAUGCAGCGUCUGUGGGGAGCAUCUGUGG